AUGAACGUUCCAUGUGUCGUAGGCAUGAAUGAAGUGCCCUGGCAGGAGCCCAGAGGAAUGAUGCAUGCAAGCGGUGGGCAGGAAUCCCUUGGGGUUGGAGUAGGGAUUGCCCCACUUGGUGGAGCAGCAUCAGGGCCACAUAAUCUACAUGCCAUGCCCCCCGGUGCUUCCAGUGCCCAGAUGCCCCUGAGUGGCCGCUCUCAGGAUGAUGCCACAGUGGGAUAUUUCUUCCAAAGACAAGCGGGUGAACAGCUGAAUGGCUACUCCAAUAAACACCGCUGGCCUACAGGAGAUAGCAUAGAUGCAGCGGUAUGUAGCUCUCUAUGGUUUGAAGUUCUUUUUGUAAUUUCGUUGUUUCUUUUGGACAUGGCAAAUCUAUUGUUUUGUAUUUUCUUUUAUCUCAGUUCUUAUGAGCUAUGUACCCAGACACUGCAUUGUCUUCAUGUUCCUCUAGAGUGUCUUUGUUUUGCCCCACAGCAUAUUUUCCAUUCAUUAUUACAGAGAGGGGAACAAGUAACCUUUUCCCCUGCCUUUAUGUUGGCAAAGCAUCAUAGGAAUUUACGUUUUUCAAAGCUAGUGUACUAUCUUUUGGGAACCCCUACAUUAGACAAAAAAAAAAAAGGAAUCAUGGAUUUUGACAGUUGGUAAACCUAAUUGUUUAAUUUAGUGUGCAUUUGCAUUGGUUUUUUUUUCUUCGCCUCCUGCUUGUAAAAUUGUCUUUUCUUUUAGUCUCUUCCACCUCUACUGGUGAGCCUGUCCAUGCAUCACUAUAAAGAUAGUACACUGGUUAAAUAUCAGCAGUUUAAGGGUUACUAUAGGCAUCAAAACAACUUUAGCUUUAUGAAGCAGUUUUGGUGUAUAGGUCAUGUCCCUGCAGUCUCGCUGCACUAUUAUUUGUCAUUUAGUAAUUAAAUUACUUUGGUAAUACAGCCCUAGUCAGCCCUAGUCACACCUCCAUGCAUGUGACUUGCACAGCCUUCCUAAACACUUCCUGAAAUGGAACCUAGACUUUCUAGGUACCUUUAUUGUACAAUAUGUUUAAUUUAGAAUUUAUCUCCUCUCCUUUUAAUAGCCUGCAGGAGUCUCCUGUGUGUGAUUAAAUUUCAAUUUUCAGAACAGGAGAUAAAAACUUCAAAAGCAAGUUAACAUCUGAUUGAACAUGAAACCAUUUUGAAGGUUUGGUUAGGACAGCGUAAACAGAAACAAACAUGAUUUAACAGGACAUUCCACUGCCCAAAAACAAAAUAAAUAAAAAUCACCAUUUAGUACAUAUACCCUCAAUGUAAACCUGCAUGCAUUUAAUAAUGCGUUUUUCAUUGGAGUUAUAUCUAAAAUAAGCUUGCUAAACCUGCAGUUCUCUUAAGAAGUCUUUGUAAGUCAGGUGCUCUGAGCAAUUGCUCUCUCUUGAGGUCAGCUGCAUUGAGCUAACAAAACCAGGAAGUAACAUUACCUGGUGUCUGCUUGAAAGCCAAGGGGGUGUAACCAGAUUAAUUUAUAAAAGUGUAAAUUCCUAUUGAAAUCUGAACUUAUUGCAAAAUGAAAAAAAGAGGACAAACUAUUCACACUCAAAGCUUUUCAACAAGCUAAAGUUGUUUAGGGGUCUGAAGUGACCCUUUUACUCCUAAAUGGCAGAGAAUUGAGCAGUGAGACUGCACUGGCAUGAUCUAUACACCAAAACUACUUCUAUUUCUUUAAGGUUAACAGUGUGGAAAUGGAGUCAAUCAAAAUAUAAUAGAGGUGAAGCUUUGUCAAAUUUCCCCCCUUAUAUAAUGUAUUGAUUUUGUGUUUGGCAAUUCUAAUUACUGAAAUCAAAUAAGAAAAUCUAAAUUAACGAACAAUGUAAUGUGCUUCCUCCACUCGCCUAUCUUUCUUACUGUAACAUGUAUAAAUUAGAAAUUUACAGCCAUCACAAUUUUUUUUUUUACUUUGAGAAAAAUGACAUAAAGUACUAUUCAUUCUUUAAUAUCUUAGCUGCCGUUAAUCUUUCUGGUAUACUGGAUUUCAGGUUAUGUAAUGCCCUUUGACUUGGCAUAAAGCAGACUGCUUAUCAUCGCUGUUGUACACAUGUUGUUUCGUGAUGCUUCAUGUUCCCUCCCUUGUUUGCACUGCUGCUCUGUUAUCACAAGGACUGCUGUUAAAGGAACUCUCCAAGCUGAAAGUUUUAUGUGUGUAUAUGAUGUGUGAAUGUUAGAUUGCAGUUAAAUAAAAAAUGGGACACUGGCCCAAAAAAAAUCAUCAUCUCAUCCCUGGAUGUUCUCUCUCCGUUCCUUUUACUCACAUCUAUAGGCGGGUUAGCUGUAAAAACUGGAUUUAGAAUUGUGAAAAGUGUUUGUUUACCAUUGCAACUGAAAUGCUGAUUCUGAUAAAUCUUCCCCUGAACAAGUGCACAUAUCUACUAAACAGUUUGUUUCUAGACUGAUGUGCAUAUACAGCACUGAGUUAUGAAAGAAUUGACAUUUUGACUUUCUCCUCAUUUCCCAUAAACAGAGCUGGAGGAGAAGUUCCCAUGAAAAUGAGUGGGCACUUUUUUCCACAGUUAUAGUCAUCACUGUUAUAAAAAAAUAUCAAUAGAUAAACUUUUUUUGAGUCUUGUUAAUGGAGCAUGCAAAACAAUAUAACCCCUCCUCCGCUGCAGUGGUUAUGGUGCUAGAAGUGCCGUGGCACUGUCCCACUGUAUUUCGUCAAUCUGUUGUACAACUUUCCUGGGUGCCAAAGGUAAUGCAUAUAUGAUCCGGGCUUAAAUUUUUCACGAGCCAAAUGAAAAUGUAGCUCUGGCGAGCCAUGUUAUGGCUUGCAUUGACGAGUAAUUUUGAAGGCCUAAGAAACAGCAAAAUAAUUUUUUAUUUUUUUUUAUUUUAUUUUUUUCAUUCUAAGGCACACUUUGAGGUGGAGUUGAGCUUUGUUUAUUAUGGUGAUUGGAAUGUCCCUUUAAACAUUACUUAUCAGUUACUUGGAGUUUCCCUUUGGGAUAGGGUUUAUUUGUUACUUUUUAGAAUGUGAAAGUACUUUCCGUGGGGUACAUUCAGGAUAACUAGAUAUUACAUUUGCUAUAUUUAAUUUGGCAGAAAGUUAUUCGUAUUCAAAAUCUAGAAUCAUUCUGGUAAGAAGCACUACAGGUAUUCGUAAGUUACAUUUUUAUCUUUAUAUCUAGCCUCUUUUAGCACCUAAAGGUGGCUUCAAUGUUUUUAUUCAUUUGUGUAAUUUCCAGAGAAGUAACAGUUCCUCUUUAAGGGGGCCUUACUGCUGUAAGAGAACAAAGAGGGAUCCUAAGCUCUGCCACACCUAUCUUUCUUAGAAGAGACUGAGAAUUUUCUGUGUCUGCCCUCCUAAACAAAAAAAGACAGAAUUCCUACAUGGUCCAUUUGUGUGUGUUCUUGACAGACAUGGUUAAUGUGUUUUGUUAACAGUUUUUACCGGUCCAGCAAUUCCCUUUGUUUUACUUGUACAAUCUAUAAGCAGCAAGUAGUUUGAUCCCUUUAUGAGGAAGCAAUAAUCUUUGCUUUCUGAUAACACUAGCCCACGUCAAGAAUAAAAUUAAAAAUGGGAAGCAGCUGUGCAUUACGUGUCGACACGCCGUUCAUAGACCUGCGUGCUCUCUGCAAGCUGUAACUAGCACCAAAAUAAAAAGAUGAUGCUCCACAUUGAUUGUGCCUUUUGACUUUUAUGUUUAAUUACUGAAGACUUUUGUGUGAGAAAAACAAUCGUCGGUAGUGCUAAUCAAUCAUUAAGUACAUGUCUUCACAUGUAGGCUGCAAUAUUGUUUGACAUUGGUUCUCUGCACUAUUAGGAAUGACCUCUUUUUUUUUUUUUUAAGAUUUUUCUGGUUUCAUCCCAAUUUUGUAAAAGUAGAUUUGGAAAUUAUAAGAAUAAAUGUUCUACAUGCAACUAUGUAGAAGUGAGCAAGAUUUUAAAUUUGCUUUUACCAUAUAUACUAGUCUAUAAGUAGAGUGCAGUUUUUUGACCAACAAUUGUGAAAUAUGCUACGACUCGUGGAUAAGUCAAAGGUACUGCAUUCAAAUGGAAUUGUUCCCCUUCUGUUCGGUUACCGUACUGCAUUUGAAUGGAGUUGUUCUCCUUCCAAACAGACUCUGUGUGGUCCUCCUUGUUAACGCCUCGUUAUCACUGACCACCCCUGGCUGUUAACCACAAACAAACAUUUCCUGGGUGGCCAUCAUUCGUAUAUACGAACGCAUGUGUUCAAACAAUCUUGUCUCCCGAACGCAGACAGCGGUACAUGGUUGUCGACAGUAUGGAUCUCUGAGUUGGAUUCGCAAGCCCGCAAACCCCGCUGAAACUUGUACCACUGCCCGUUCGACUUCCCGAACAGCUAGGAGAACGGUGUUCAGGAGUCGAAAUUCUAUCGAAACUAUCAGUGACCCGUGGCUAUGUCAACUCUGCGUUUUAAAACGAAGUUUAUGACUAAAAUUUCUCGACUUAUACAUGAGUAUAUGCGGUAGGUUUUGGUACCGUUAAUAACAAAAAAAAGUGAUCUAACUAAACUGUCCUAACACGCUCAAGUUUCAGACUUAAGUGGAACUUUCUCAAAUCUUAAAGUGGCUAAACUGUGUGUAGUAUAUAAAGCAUAAAACAGGAUGCAGUCAUUUGAAGAGUAACAGGAAAUGUAAAAAUAUGUUGAUUUACAACAGCUAAAGAAAUGGUACAGCAUGUGAAUCAUGCGAAAGAUGAAAGUUUUAUUUAAUUAUAGAUAAUGUGUUAAAACAUACAAACAAACCUACAACCACAUAAUUUACAUGUAGAUUUUGUUAUUUUUUUAAUAGGAAUGGUCAGAUGUCCAAUGACCUAAAAAAUGUGUUUAAAGCAAGCAUGUCAAACUCGAAGUCUGGCACAGGCCGCAUAAAAAAAAAAUACCUUACAUUUUCAUAGAAACGUAGGGUUAUUUUAAAAAGUACAGUAUAAAAUAACCCCCAGCACCCCCUCUACCACCCUGUGCCAAAUCUGAUCCUCCCGCUGACACAGACAUAUUCACUGACAGACAGAAACACACAUACAGACACACUGACACACACAUACUCACUGACAGACACACACACACACACAUACUCACUGACAGACACCCACAUACUUGCUGACAUACACAUACACACUCACAGACAGACAGACACACACAUACACAUACAUACAUACAUACAUACAGACACACAGACAGACACACACACAUACUCACUGAUAGACAGACACACUCACAGACAGACUUCCACCGUCCCUUCCUCCCCAGCCGGGUAAGUGUUAGUUAGCAGAGUAGGCACCUGCAAUGUGGGGUAAGCACUAUUCUCUGCACUAUUAGGAAUUACUCUAAUGACUAUUAGGAAUGACUCUGCUUGGAACAUUAGGCAUGUACUCGCGGCUCGCCAGGCCGCAAAGAUGGUCCUUGUGGGCCGUGAGUUUGACAUGCUUGGUUUAGGAAUACUAUAGCGUUAAGAACACAAACAAGUAUUGAUAAUUCAAUCGUUUUAAUCUACCCUCUUUGUGAGGGUUUGCAAGGCGUGUGGUUAUCACAAUGCCGCUCCACCUCCACCAGUGGGGAAACAUUGGAAGGCAAGUGCUCAUGCCUGCAGACCAUCUGAUUGAAUAGUCGAGUUUAACUCAGUUAUUGGGGCAGAAGCAGGGCCGGACUGGGGAUACAAAGCAGCCCUGGAAAAUAAAUCUAUGUCAGCCCCAUAAGUCAUUGCACCAUAUAUUGCCAUAUGUAAUAUGUAAGGCAAUGUCUUGCCACCCCAGAUGGUUGAGUGAUAUAUAUAUAUACUUAUUGCUUUUUCUAAUAUAUAAUAUUGGUCCUUUCAGAGUAAAAUGUUUAAUUAUACAUUAAGCAUACUCACAUGCAGUGUUUACAUUGCUUCCUAGUGACACCUCUAGUGACAGUCACUAGAGGUGCUUCUUGUGUCAGUGCUGCACAGUGCGAUUGCACAGUGUGCAGCACCUACAUUCAGGGCCUUUGCAGCCAAUCCUAUGGCAGAGCAUUGGAUUGGCUCAGAUCAUCAAGCUUGAUGAUCUCACCCAAAGAGGCAGGGCCAGUCGAGGGGAGACAAGCACGGCGUGGGGAGAAAUAAAAAAGGUGAGUAAAAACACUUUUUAAAUACACACAGACACACACAUACACCAUGACACAGACACACACUGACAGAAUUACACAUAUUACCUGUGGGUGACCGGCUGGGUGGGCUAGUGGCGCUGGGGGAGGUCUGCUGGCGGAGGUCUGCUAGCGGCCGCUGGGGGAGCUGUCUCUGUCUCUGCUCCCCCUCCGUCGCGCACAGCUUAAUGAGACCGGGGCCGAAAUAUGAUGUCAUAUUCCAGCCCCAGUCUCAUUAAGCUGCGCGCUGGGGAGCAGAGACCGAGACAGCUCCCCUAGCGGCCGCCAGCAGACCUCCCCCAGCCAGAGGCCGCCAGCAGACCCAGGUGUCUGCCUGGCGCCAGGUGCCGACAGCCCACCAGGAAAUUUCCCGGUAUCAAAGAGCGAUCACAUGGCCCCUAUAGCUGGCUGUGGAUCUGCCUGCAGGGGGACUGUUUGAGCUGUCACAGUCCCCCUGCUGGUGGAAAGUGUAAAAAAAUAUAUUAAUUAAACAUGUUAAAAUAAAAUGUGUGUGUGUGUGUGUGUGUGUGUGUGUGUAUAUAUAUAUAUAUAUAUAUAUAUAUGUAACGUCAUAUGUAUUUUAAUGUUAAUAUAAGCACAUAUUAGUAUUAAAAUACACUUAGACUGACGUUCCAUAUGUAAUUUCAUGUAUUUUGUUAAUAUAUAUAUUAACAAAAUACAUAUCUGUCUAUAUAUAAAAUACAAAUAACCGCAAAUAUAUUUAUAUAGAUAAAUAUAUAUAAAUGAUUACAUAAUUAUACACGUAGAAUCUAAAUACAUAUAUAUGUAUAUAUAUUCUACGUGUAUAUGUAGAUAAUCUUUUAGUGCAAUUAUGUGAUUUUAUUAAUUAAAAUUAGAUUGACAUGCCUGACAACCCAGGCAGAAAGUGCAGAGAAUUUAAUUUAAUUCGCAAGCACUAUAUUUAACCCUGUAACUUUCCAAGACACCAUAAAACCUGUACACAGGGGGUACAGUUUUACUCGGGAGACUUCACUGAACACAAAUAUUAGUGUUUCAAAAUGAUAAAUUGUAUUACAACGAUGAUAUUUUCAGUAAAAGUGAAGUUUUUUGCAUUUUUCAUACACGAACAUCACUUUUACUGACGAUAUUAUUGUUGUAAUAUGUUUUAGUGUUUUGAAACACUUAUGUUUGUGUUCAGUGAAGUCUCCCAAGUAUACCAGUACCCCCUAUGUACAGGUUUUAUGGUGUUUUGGAAAGUUAGAGAGUCAAAUAUAUGUCUUGCAUUUCAUUUUUUUCACAUUGAAAUUGGCCAGUUUGAUGUUGCUUUUGAGACUGUAUGGUAGCCCAGGAAUGAGAAUUACCCCCAUGAUUGCAUACCAUUUGCAAAAGUAGACAACCCAAGGUAUUUCAAAUGAAGUAUGUCCAGUCAUUUUUAGUAGCAACUUAAUCACAAACAGUGGCCAAAUAUUAGUUUUAUAUUAGUUUUUUGCCUUUUUCACACAAAAAGAAAUAUGAAUGCUAACUUUGGCCAGUGUUUGUGACUGUGGCUACUGAAAAAAGACUGGACAUAUACCCCACUUGCAAUACCUUGUGAUGUGUAUUUUUGCAAAUGGUAUGCCAUCAUGGGGGUAAUUCUCAUUCCUGGGCUACCACAUGGUCUCAAAGGUAACAUUACUAAUAUGGCAAAUUUUAAUGUGGAAGAAAAUUAAAAAUGGAAUGUGCUAUAUUUGACCCUGUGACUUUCCAAAACACUGUAAAAUCUGUUAAUGGAGGUACUGUUUUACUCGUGAGACUUUGCUCAAUACAAAUAUGUGCAUUUUAUUGCAGUAAAAGCAAACCGUAUCAUGACAUUUACAGCUAAAAUGUCAGGCAGAACUACAAUUUUAUUUUUUAUUUUAUUUUUUUUUUAAUCUUAAUUUCUCAUUUUUUUAAAAAUUUAUUCAUAAUAGUUAUGUUUCAUAUAUGAAUAGUUCAUGAGAAGUUAAAGGCCUGUUUCUUCUGAAUAAAAUGAUAUAUAAUAAGUGUGGCCGCACUUAAUAUGAAAGAGGUGAACUAUGGUUGAACAGACAUAUAGUGCAAAUUCCAGUUUUUGUUUACGUUUUGUUUUGAUCAGAACGUAUACUAUUGACUCUGUCCUGAAGGGGUUAAAAAGACAGGGGAAUGGAACUCAGAUCACUUCAUCUCAGUGAAGCGGUGUGGGUGCCUAAAGAGUCCAUUUAGAGGACCACUCUAGGCACCCAGACCACUUCAGCUUAAUGAAGUGAUCUGGGUGCCAGGUCCCUCUAGGAUCAACACUUUUUUUUUUUUUUAUAAACAUAGUCUCAUUGACAGCCGCUAGAGGCGUUUGCAUGCUUCUCACCCUUGAAAAUCACAGUGAGAAGACGCAAGCGUCCAUAGGCAAGCAUUAUGAAUGCUUUCCUAUGAGACAGGCUGAAUGCGCGCGCAGCUCCUGCCGUGUAUGCGUAUUCAGCCGAAGAGGAGGAGAGCUCCCUGCCCGGCACUGGAAAAAAAGGUAGGAUUUAACCCUUUCCUCGCCAUCGAGCCCGGCGGGAGUGGGACCCUGAGGGUGGGGGCACCCUCGGGGCACUAUAGUGCCAGGAAAACGAGUAUGUUUUCCUGGCACUAUAGUGGUCCUUUAACUUUCAUCAACAGCAGUUUGAAGCCAUGUUCUGUCUAAGGCAGCACAGGUCCAUUGUGUUUGCUAGUAAACACAAUUGAUUUGUUCCCAUUGCCACGUGUUUUAGUAUCUCUACUCUUUCAGGAUUUUACUAAAAUAAUACAUGAAAUCUCAUGUGUUUAGCUAGGACAGUGAUUGCAGAGAGGUAGGAUCCCUGGAUAUUGGGCAGUUGGCCAAUUAUUCAACAUAUCACGAAAGAAACAAAUAUGAAAUUUUAAUUAUGUAUAAUACAAACAUGAAACUAUGCAUCUGUUUAUCUGGGUCAGUUGUUUGUUGUUGUUUUUUGGUCCAGUUGCAUAGAUGAGUUUGUUUGCAAAUUAAUUUUCAUUCAUUCCAGGUGAUAUUUAAAGGGUUGCUCAAACCUCCAUCACCAUUUCUGCUUGAACGCUGCCUGUACAGAGCGUCUGCACGUUUGUGCCAUGGUCUAGUUGAAUUCUGGCACACAUGACUAAGGCAACCCAGAACAGCCUAAUGUUAAUUCUGUGCAAAGUCAAUAUUUUACAGGUUUUUCAAUAAAAAUAAUGCGUUGGGGGCUGCGAGUUCCUAGUGACUAGUGCACUAUAUGCCAUUAUAAAUAUGACAUAAAAUAAGAUGUAAUGGAAAAAAAGGUUUAUGUGAAAGUUAUUGAGGUACACAAUUGUUUAGGGUUUGACUGGGUUUUUUAAGGAUGGGCGAGAGCUUUUUUCCCCUCCUUGAGUAGAAAAAUGAAGUUUCUAAAACCUAAUCUCUUGAUUUUUUUCUUAAUUCCAGGUGAGGCCCGCAGAUGAGAUGAAUAAUGAUUUCCAGGCACUCGCAUUAGAACAUCGUGGAAUGGGGGAGGUCAGUCAUUUACUGCUCUUGAUUCAAUCUCAACUCCAUCAAGAUACUUUUUUGUUUUGGGGCUAAUCUUACACGUCUAUUCAUAUUGUUAGCUCAAGGCAUACUCAAAAGAACUUUGUAUAUUUUGUGUUUCCGCUGUUUGCUGUAGACAUUGGUCAGAAUAUCACAGUAGAAAAGCUUUUGUUUUUUAUCAAUUGAAAAGGUCACAGACAAGUUUUAUUCACCACUGUCAAAAGCGAUCAUUAGUUUAACAGAUUCUUUCUAUAGUUUUUAGUUGUUUUGUUUGUUUUAAUUUUGUGGCCAGUAUUCGGUUCCCUGUUCUAUGUAAACUACUGCACAAUGACAUGUUUUGCUCACACUUUCUACUUUUAAGAUCUUGGCAGCUUAUACGUGUUAAAUAUUGUUUGUUACCACUGUCAUAGGUUUGAGUUUAGGGUUUUCAGCAAGGCUCUGAACUCCAUUUGUUUUAUUUAUUUAUUUUUGUUAUUAACACUUAAAAGUACAUGUUUAGAAUAUAUUCAGUAGAUGAUACGAACAUAAUUAGUGUUCUUUGAAUUAUUGGAAUGAACCAAGAAUUGGAUCACAUCCAGGAUUGCCCCAAACAUGGCAGGUAGAUUAAUAGAGUAUAUUAGCGAUGGGGUUAAUUUCCAUGGAGGGAGGGGGUCAUUGGAUCCCUGAAACGGUAUACUACAAACACCAUAACAAACAUAACUUAUUAAACAGUUUUAUUGCUAGGAUGCUAUCCGUGCAAACAUACCUUUCAAAUAUUUUAUUACUUUUUUUUACUUGAUUACUUGGAGAGAAAAAAAAACCUUACGUUGACUCUUUAGCUAGAUCUAUCUAGUCCAAAAUCAGAUCUACCUUUGAGUUUACGGACUGGUACCUUACCAGAGUGAUAGCAGACCAACCCAUUAUAGUGUAAACAAAUCAACUCCUUAAAGGACCACUAAGGUGCCAGGAAAACAUACUCGUUUUCCUGGCUCUAUAGGGUCCUUGGGUUCCCCUCACCCGCCGGCUCUAGGGUGAGGAAGGGGUUAGUCCCUUACCUUUUUUCAAGCGCCGGACUCCCUCGGCGCUGGGGACUCUCCUCCUCCUUUCCCCGUCAUCGGCUGAAUGUGCAUGCGCGGCAAGAGCCACGCGCGCAUUCAGCCAGUCUCAUAGGAAAGCAUUCUCACUGCUUUCCUAUGGACUCUGGCGUCUUCUCUCUGUGAAAAUCACAGUGAGAUGCGCGGAAGCGCCUCUAGCGGCUGUGAAUGAGACAGCCACUAGAGGCUGGAUUAACCCAUAUGUAAACACAGCAGUUUCUCUGAAACUGCUAUGUUUACAACAGAAAGGGUUAAUCCUAGAUGGACCUGGCACCCAGACCACUUCAUUAAGCUGAAGUGGUCUGGGUGCCUAUAGCGGUCCUUUAAAAAUUGGCUGGUUGCCUCCCCUUUGUGCUGCUACAGUUUCAUAUAUGUUGGAUGACUACGUUGUUGUCUAGUGAACUAAUUUUCAUAUGCCCACCCAGAAUCCCCUGCAGUAGUGUAACAUCACUGCUAAGUAGAGAUUUGUGUGGGAAAAGCAAGUCUUAUGGCUUGAUCGGUGUGCAGAUGUGUGUUAAACAGUGCAUUUACUAAUAUAUAUAUAUGUGUGUGUGUGUAUGUGUAUACAGUGCAUUUACUAAUAUAUGUGUAUAUAUAUAUAUAUAUAUAUAUAUAUAUAUAAUAUUUUUUUUUGACAAUUCUGAUCGACUUACAUUAAUAAGAGUCUGAAACUAACAAACUCAAACUCUCUGGUCGCUUAAUUCAACCCCAUUUACUGACAUUAUAUGGAAAAACAUGGCUUUGCCAGUGGUCUGAGCUGCACAGGGAGCUUAUUUAUCCCUUCCAUGGUUGGCGGUUAGAGCGUUUCUCACACAUGGACUUCGUGAAGGCUUUACAUGAAAUUAACAAAGGAUCUGAAAUCACCCAAGAGGGAACAUUGAACAACCCUGAGUUAAAGUACUAGAAAUGGUUGACUUGACUGUGCCCAGCCAUGUUCCAUGUACCCAGCUAUUACCAGAACGCUUGACAUGAGCAGGGACAUUUUACCAUAGAACUGUGGAUGGAUGCACUCUGGACACUUUUUUUUUUUUUUUUUUUUUUAAACCUCCAACCACUUUUUUGUUUGAUUUUUCUUUUUACGGUUCUACUUGUGAAACCACCUAUUGUAAAAUAAGUGUAGCAAAGUGAACUUUACGUAGAAUAUCUUGCCCUCCUUUUCCAGUUUUGUUUCUAUAUUUGAUAGUUUUCUUAAAUUAGGCUUUUUAAGACAAUAUUUAGCCCAUAUUUUAUGUCUCUUCUGUGUAAGUAAAAUUGCUUUGUUGUUCUUCUCAAACAGCUUUUACCAGCCAAAAAAUUUUGGGAACCAGACGAUUCUGCAAAAGAUGGACAGAAAGGGAUGUUCCUUGCUGACGAAUGGAGAGAAAACACAUGGGGAGCAUCACGUAAGUAACGUAACGAUAUAUGUAUUAUAUUACAUUUAUGUUAUGUAAGUAGAUCCAGUACUUAUACAAUUGGAUCUACUGAAUAAUUAAAGUUUCUAUGGAAUCAGGAAAUCCUAUGUUCUGCGCUUCCUGGGUGUACGUGUCCGAUUGUGUACAUGUGCAGGCUUCCAAUGAAUCUGUGUUGACUCUUAUGAACUUGUGAGAGUCAACACAGAGGAUCCAUGAUGCUCUACUCCCGGGAAGACUUGUGGUGCUUGACGGAGGUAAAUAUUGAACAAAUAAUGACAAAGAAUGUGGAGCUUAAGUAAAGCUCUAACUUUGCUCUCCUCCAGGUUGUACAUAAUUAAAUUAAUAUCUAUUUAUGUAUAACUUUGCAAAUAAGGUCAUUUAAAAAAAAACAGCGCAACCUGGUGGGGGAAUAUGGGGCAUACCAAUAUAUAUUUUUUAAUUUAUUUUUUUAAAGUGACAAAGCUGCUCUAAUAAACAAGAUAAGCUAGAUAAAUAGUAAAGUAGUACUAGAGUAGUUCAUAGAUUAGAAGUAGAAUAUACAAUAGAUUAGAACUAGAAGAGCAGGUUAAAACCCGAAGAAUAGCUCACAGAAAAGACCUACAAGAAUGAAAUCUAAUGUAUGUAAUACACUUGGUAACUAAGAUAAUAUCUUUCAUUCUAUCCCGAACAUGGUCUGUGCCCUCAUACAGGAAAUACCCACAGACAAACAAAAGUCACAUUUAAGUAUAAUCUAUAUGCUUGCUUUGUAUUUAACUAGCACAAUGUACAGAUUACAAGUCUAGAUUAACGCCAACACUAUCUUGUUUUUAGACAUUGGAGUCCCUUUGAAGUUAUACUAACUUUUUCAAUAGCACCCCCAGACUAGCACAAUUGUCACAGGUCUUUUACGAUUCAUGCAGGCUUAAAAGUAAGUCUGUGUCUUGAGCCAGUCUGCCUUUACAAGCAUUUAAAAAUACAGCCUCAAAAUAUGAUGACUAAACCCAUCUUGGAGAAGGGUAACGGGGAGUAAACGUCCACCUCUAACACCAAACAACCAAUAAGCAACUACACCCCUAGGACAGCUGGCUGACCACUCUCCCACGAAGCCAAAUCAAUAAAGUUAAUGCCGAACGCGAUCACCAAACGUAAAACAUAGCCAGAAGAAUCACACCUUACUUGUACCCAAUACUGUACACAUCUUGUUACAAUAUUUGUUAUUGUUAACUUAUUUAUAUAUGUUAUGUUAUAACAACAAAAUUAAAAAAACUGACAGACAAAGAAUCUUUAAGCUAGCACACUAGGCUUCUGACAAAGCCAACCAACGCAAUGUUAAUAUAUUGUAUAUUACCUGUCAGAAGAAAAAUAAAGAAUAAAAAAAAAAAAAAAAAUACAGCCUCAAAUUUGAUCACAGGAAAAUUUAAUUUCCUUGUACUGUUCUUGGUUGAAUCGUAAAUGUGAUGUUAUUUUUCACCUAUACCACAACCUUGUUAUCAUUUUGUUAGAAAAUAUCUCUGGGUGCCUUAAUGCAUUUUGCUAUUGAAGAAUUAAAGCAAACUCCAGACCUCUAAAGCACUUUAGCUUGCUGAAAAGAUUUAUGGGUGAAGAGUGAGUCCUAUUUUCUUCAUUUUGGGAAAAGUACGGAUUUUAAUAGAAAUUAACACUUUUAUAAAUUAUACUGGUUACACCCCUCUGGCUUCUCCAGCAGACAACAUGUUCUGUUACUUCCUGCUUUCGUUAGCUUUGUUGCACUGAACACAAGAGGCAGCAAUUGCAAAAAAAAAAAGACUUCUCAUUGAACUGCAUUGGGAAGUCUUUGAUUGGACAGCCACAGAAAGUCUGGGCGGGGUUAAUAGGGGGAGGGCUUGCAAAGGCAGCCGACAAGAGAUCUGCAGUUUUUGAAAGCCGUUUUUAGAUAUAACUCAAAUAAAAAAAUGCAUAAUUAAAUGCAUGCAAGUUUUCAUUUGUGGUAUGUCUACUAAACAGUGUUUUCAAAAAAAUAGGAGUGUCCUCCAUCCUCAAAAUUUUACUGUACUAGCUGAAACUUUUAUCUUGCCACGACAAGCCUGAAGUGUCCGAAAUACAGUCACUAGGGGGUGAAUUUCUACUCACCAGGGCUAAAUUUUCACUGGCCAAUUGCUAGUGACAAGUUUGACAUUUUAAAUCCUGCCAUAUGAGUUGCUUGUGAAUUGUGUAAAUUGUUUGACAGAGCUUGUUCUGUGUGUUGAUUUUGUUGAAUGUAGAAUGUUUGGUAGGUGGCGAGCAAUGGGUGUUCCAUGGUUGAUGUUUUGAGUGUACCAUGUCAUAUUGUUACGGUUCAGUUGAUUUAUUGGUACUAGGCAAUACUUAAUGCCCAAGUGAAGACUGGAUCCAAUAUUUUUCUUGUGGUAAAUAAUUUCAGACCAUCUUUCUCAAGCUUUAGCCUCAACUUCACAAUUAAAAUGGUUUGAGCCCGACACCUCAGACAAUUUUGUUUUGCAUUUAAAUUUUCUAUAGCGCAUAUUCUGCAGUGGUUUACAAUUAUAGAAAGUGGUUAAUAUAGUGCACUUAGUACGUGCUCAAAUGCAAUUAAUAUCUAUGAGAAUUUGAGGUAGGUGUCUUGCUCAAGUACUCUUACUGGUGAGGUGACUGUGACACUUACAGGAUGACUGUCCUGUCAGAUCCACUGAGUAUGUGAUUUGUCUUGCAGACCAUUCCAUGUCCCAGCCUAUUAUGGUACAGAGAAGACCUGGGCAAAGCUUUCAUGGAAACCACGAUGUAAACUCUGUCCUGUCCCCUCGCUCAGAAAGUGGAGGCCUUGGAGUGAGCAUGGUAGAAUAUGUUUUGAGUUCCUCACCAGCUGACAAACUUGACCCACGAUUCAGAAAAGGAGCUUAUGUAAGUGACCUUAACAAUCGGAAUCCUAAAUGGUGGUCCUGUUGUAGUUGUCGUGGAGAUCUAUAUAAUAUGUGAAAUAGAACAGACCUCAUUAUCUUAAUGCCACCUAAAUAACAAUGUUUUGAGUUGUUUUAUUAUUAUUUUUUUGCUCUUGUUUUAAUAUUACAUUUGUUUGCUAUUAUUUACAUUAUUUGCUUUAAGAAGACAUAGACAAUUCACUAAACUCUACAUUUUUGCAAAUUAAAUCCAAUUGAAAAAACGGAGACGAAAAAAUAUUCCAACUUUUUGCCUCAGUUUUUCCAUUCAGAUUUAAAAUGGCUUUUUCGCCUCAAAAUUACCUUUCUCCUAAUGUUUCCUCUUCUCUUCCUCUUUUAUAAUCUUUUCUUCCUUUUUGAUCUAUUUCUCUUUAAAACAUAAGACAGAUUAAGGACUACUUUGUCUUCUGUAUUUUUCCUACUCCUGACAGUUGUGAUAAAACGAUGGAGCUUAAUGCAAGCGCCCCCUUCCUUUGUCAAGCUAACAAAGGGUGAAGCUUGCCUUAAACUCCAUCUUUUCUCCACCCAAUGCUAAGAUUGACAAACGUAGGAAAAAUACAUAGGACAAAGCAGUGUGUACUUUGUCUUAUGCUUUAAAGAGAAUUAGUUUAGAAAUGAAGAAAAGAACAGAUUAUGAAAGUGGACACUAUCAGAAAGUUUAGUGAAUAAACCUGCGUGUUUCACUCUCUUCCCCCCCCUCCAAUAACCCAUAAUGAGUGUAAGUGCAGGCUGAGGGUAAUGCGUGUGUUGGCUGCGUGCAAUAUGUUCAGUGUGUGUUGGGUAUUUGGUGUACACCUGCUGUGCAUAGUGUGUAAUAAGCCCCAGUUUGUUUCUCCCUGCAAACCCCAAUACUGUAUCUGCCAUAUCCUUUCCACUAGUGUCUCUGCUCCUACUCACUCUCAUUAGUGUCUCAGCCUUAAUUCUCCAAUUAGUAUUUCUUCUCCAUAUUGCUCCUCCCAGUCUCCUCCAGCCAGUGAGGGAGCAGACAUGCCAUAUAUGCCGCACCCUGCUCAAAGCCUCUGGCAUGAAGUGGAGCCCUAGGCUGGACAAAGGGAACAACAGCAGCUUACAAAGUAUGGCGGGCCUCCGAGAAUUUCAGGCACUCUGCCAGCCCUUUGGAACGUGAGGGCACAUGCUCCCCGUAGCAGCCCUGCUGCUUGCCCAUGGAAGGUUAAAGGCAGAUUAAAACUGCCUGCCUGGAACUAUACAGGGAGUGCAGAAUUAUUAGGCAAAUGAGUAUUUUGACCACAUCAUCCUCUUUAUGCAUGUUGUCUUACUCCAAGCUGUAUAGGCUCGAAAGCCUACUACCAAUUAAGCAUAUUAGGUGAUGUGCAUCUCUGUAAUGAGAAGGGGUGUGGUCUAAUGACAUCAACACCCUAUAUCAGGUGUGCAUAAUUAUUAGGCAACUUCCUUUCCUUUGGCAAAAUGGGUCAAAAGAAGGACUUGACAGGCUCAGAAAAGUCAAAAAUAGUGAGAUAUCUUGCAGAGGGAUGCAGCACUCUUAAAAUUGCAAAGCUUCUGAAGCGUGAUCAUCGAACAAUCAAGCGUUUCAUUCAAAAUAGUCAACAGGGUCGCAAGAAGCGUGUGGAAAAACCAAGGCGCAAAAUAACUGCCCAUGAACUGAGAAAAGUCAAGCGUGCAGCUGCCACGAUGCCACUUGCCACCAGUUUGGCCAUAUUUCAGAGCUGCAACAUCACUGGAGUGCCCAAAAGCACAAGGUGUGCAAUACUCAGAGACAUGGCCAAGGUAAGAAAGGCUGAAAGACGACCACCACUGAACAAGACACACAAGCUGAAACGUCAAGACUGGGCCAAGAAAUAUCUCAAGACUGAUUUUUCUAAGGUUUUAUGGACUGAUGAAAUGAGAGUGAGUCUUGAUGGGCCAGAUGGAUGGGCCCGUGGCUGGAUUGGUAAAGGGCAGAGAGCUCCAGUCCGACUCAGACGCCAGCAAGGUGGAGGUGGAGUACUGGUUUGGGCUGGUAUCAUCAAAGAUGAGCUUGUGGGGCCUUUUCGGGUUGAGGAUGGAGUCAAGCUCAACUCCCAGUCCUACUGCCAGUUCCUGGAAGACACCUUCUUCAAGCAGUGGUACAGGAAGAAGUCUGCAUCCUUCAAGAAAACAUGAUUUUCAUGCAGGACAAUGCUCCAUCACACGCGUCCAAGUACUCCACAGCGUGGCUGGCAAGAAAGGGUAUAAAAGAAGAAAAUCUAAUGACAUGGCCUCCUUGUUCACCUGAUCUGAACCCCAUUGAGAACCUGUGGUCCAUCAUCAAAUGUGAGAUUUACAAGGAGGGAAAACAGUACACCUCUCUGAACAGUGUCUGGGAGGCUGUGGUUGCUGCUGCACGCAAUGUUGAUGGUGAACAGAUCAAAACACUGACAGAAUCCAUGGAUGGCAGGCUUUUGAGUGUCCUUGCAAAGAAAGGUGGCUAUAUUGGUCACUGAUUUGUUUUUGUUUUGUUUUUGAAUGUCAGAAAUGUAUAUUUGUGAAUGUUGAGAUGUUAUAUUGGUUUCACUGGUAAUAAUAAAUAAUUGAAAUGGGUAUAUAUUUGUUUUUUGUUAAGUUGCCUAAUAAUUAUGCACAGUAAUAGUCACCUGCACACACAGAUAUCCCCCUAACAUAGCUAUAACUAAAACAAAACUAAAAACUACUUCCAAAAAUAUUCAGCUUUGAUAUUAAUGAGUUUUUUGGGUUCAUUGAGAACAUGGUUGUUGUUCAAUAAUAAAAUUAAUCCUCAAAAAUACAACUUGCCUAAUAAUUCUGCACUCCCUGUAUGUCCCGUGGGUUGAGCUAUAGGAAAUCCACAUCCCCAGUGUCAUAAGUUAAUAGAAACCAUAUCCUAUUGGUUUGUUAAACCGCUUUGUCUCAGGCACCUGUAGUCCACCCCUUCCACGUUACCAAGUACAAUUUUGUCAAAUCUUGACAGCAGUGAUAGUCCGAGAGCACUGGAAUGUGAAAACAUUUUUAUUUAACCAACAGAACACCAAAAACAUAUGUUUAUACAUCCAUUUUUUAAUUGGUAUCUUUAGGGUGCUAGAGAUGAUAUUGAGGGACCAGAAAAAGGAGAGCAAAAAGGAAAAGCUUCUCCCUUCGAGGAGGAAAACAAACGGGAUCUUAUAUCUGCAGAUGGUGAUGAUGUCUCGAAGUUAAAUGGCAGAGUCCUGCCCAAUGGGAUUGAUACUGACUGCAAAGAUUUCAAGUGAGUGCAUUUUGAAUUAAAUAAAAACAUAUCUGUUAAUGUAAAAUUCAUCCUGUGUCCACACUUUCACCUCCAACAAGAAUCUCUGAGGAAGUUCCCCCCUUGCCCUUUUACAAUUCCCAUUGGUUUUAGUCUUUGCAAAUACAAUGACCAAUUAUCUGCCUUUAGAGGCAUACUAACCAAGUAAGGUUUUCUACAGCGUUCUAAUGCAGUGUUGUCCCAAUGCAAAUUACAGGUUGCCCUUAGAGCUCUGUCACGCCUACUUAUUCUACAUCAUGUAACUGUAACUUCUGUUAAAAAAAUUAUAAAUUAACCUGAUCAUCUUUUCUAGAUACAUUGAUCUUUAUCUUUUAUUUAACUUUAUCUUCCUUUCAUUAGCCUGUAGUCCAAAUUUUUUUUCCUUCUUCUAUUUGUUCAAUGAAGUUGUUAUGGUACCUGGAAGUCUUGGGCGUUGUCUAACCUUUAAGGGGGUAAAAUUCAACCCCCUUUCCCCCUCAGUCUUCAGGCUCAAUGUAGAAGCUUCGGACUGGGCACUGGGUGAUAGACCAUCUUUGUUUAUUGUGUUUUAGUUUUUUGGGGGUGGGGGAGGGUCUGGAUUUGUUAAUGUGUUUUUGUAUUCAAGGACAUAAUUGCUUGAAUUUUAAACACUUUUUUCUUAAUAGGCCAUAGAGUUUGCAAAAUACUUGAUCCAAACGUAAUUUUUUUGUACGUUGUAUGUCUAUAAAUUGUGCUUAGCUCUUGUUUGACAUGUACUUGGUUUUUUUUUUGUUUUGUUUUUUUUUCUUCUAUGUGCAAAGUCGCACUCCUGGAAGCCGUCAAGCUUCUCCCACAGAGAUCACUGAGAGAAUUGGCCCAAAUUCUGUUGUCGAUGGCCUAGGACAACUUCAAAACCCUAUGAGCAACAAGCCACUGACAGAUGAAUUUGCCAGUCCUGAAAGCCAAAAUAUAGAUGGCAUUGAACAUGUGGGCCUUGAUUCAUUGCAGUUUGAUUAUCCGGGCAAUCAGCUUCAAAUGGAUUCAACAGGAGGUGGCGUUGGACUGUUUGACUACAAUACUCAGCAGCAGGUACUGUUUUUGCUUUCAAAAGUGGAUUGUUUUAUUGUGAAUUAAUCAUAGUGAUAUAAAGAAAUCGCCUUACCUGUCACUAUUUGCCUUUUUAAAAACAAUUUUUUUUAUACAUUUGUAUUGAAGACUUGGCAAAUGACAUCAUAAUCUAGUUCAGUCAAGGCAAAGCCAGAACCAACUUUGCUGACGAAGAAGAUUCUUCUGUUUGUGCUUUCCCUGUGCUGUCUGCCAGGUGCAAAGCACAACAAUUGACAGGGAUAUUAAAAAUCUGACAAAAAAUAAGUGACCGCUCCCUUUUAGUAUUCUAGCUCUAAAAAGGUUAUUUUAUUUUUUUUGCUUUUUGCAUUUUAUACGGACCACAUAUCGGUAACUAAUUCUCUUCAGUCCGGUCUUUUCCAGAAGUCUAAUCUGUCUCCUAAAGCGGCAGGGUAAUUUUCACACUACAGUAAAUAGAAGCACAUUGGGAACAUCCAUGUGAGCAAGGUUCCUCUUCUGGCUGACUAGUAAACAAACCUUGAUUUACUCACUGAUGAAACCGAUCAGCUGCUCUGGAUAUAAUAUGUGACAGAUUGGUCAGCAUUUUUAACGCAUUGUGGUUUGAUAGAUUUCGUGAUUGCAUUCUGGUAGUGAGGGACUGUGUUUGGGGAGGUGGGCUUAUGGUGCAGCAUUCUACAAAACAUUUUAUUUUUUUUUAUGCAAAAACUAUAAAGACUUGAGGAUGCAAAAAAAUACAACAUAUUAAUGAAGCCAAAACCUAUCAAAUGCAUUAAAGUUGCAUUAGUUCCUGGAAUGUCCCGUUAAGGCUGAAAUCUGUUGUACCUGAUGUUUUUCCCCAGUAAAUUCCAUUGUUAAUGAUUGAUUUCAGCUUGUAUAGUGAAGAGUUAUUUUUAUUCGGUUAAUGUUGAGUAACUUUAUUUCUGAUGUUCUACAGAUGUUCCAGCAGAGGCCCAAUGCUCUAACUGUACAGCAGCUAACAGCAGCCCAGCAGCAGCAACAGCAGCAACAAUAUGCACUCGCAGCGGCGCAGCAGUCUCAUCUUGGUAAGAAUUUAGCAAAUACCCUGUUAUUGGUAAAACACUUAAAUUUCCUUUUUAUGGGAUCCUUAAAAAUAACGGUGUAUGAAAUUGAAAAGUUCAAUUUUGGAGCAAAUCUGCUGUGCAGAUAGGAUGGAUUUGCACUUGACUAUGUAAAAGUGUAGUUUCCGUGUUAUGAGUGCGUCUGAAGAGGGGUGGGUUUUGAAUGCCAGGUAGAACACUGCUACAAACCAUUUGAUUUUAUAGUUUGAUGGUGCCCUUAGAUUUAUAACACCAUAAGGUUGCCCUUUAAAACAUUAUUUCAUUGUAAUAAUGGAUUGUGUAGGCAAAUCCAACAUGUUAUAUAAAUGUUAUAAUUAUAUUUUAAAUACUGCUUAAAGGGACACUCCUGGCACCAAAACAACUUCAUCUAAAUUGUUAUGGUGCCAGGAGGCCUCUGGAGGCACUCUUACAUCAUGAGGGUUAAACAGUUCUCAAACUGUUUAACCACAAAACCACAUGCUCUAAACUGGCUUGCAAAAGGUUCUUAGCCAAAAAAACACUCUUAGCCAAACAGCAGCCUCCCUACCCGGCAACACUCUAAACUUCAUGAAUCUGAAAAUUAAUUUUUUGCAAUAACCACACCAGAGGUGGAGUGGAGAUUGGUGCUGGAGACAAUUUUGGGGUUAAACCAUUCAAGAAUGGUUUAAUUAUUUGAGGUCAGAGUGCCUCCUGGGUCAAAUAUUUUUCUAGGAUCACGCUAAAUCUACCAUCUGUUAAUGAGGCAGCCAUUGUCCUUUUGUUGUUGUUAGAUUUUUUGUUUUUUUUAAUUUAGCUUUUCUUGUAACAUCAGUGAAAUGGAUUUUUACUCUGUGAAAUGUGACCAUCAGAAUUCUGUUUUGUUGUUGAUUUGAAUAUAUAUUUUUUAGAUGCCAGGUGUUGGUAUGUCUGACAGUUUGGCAUGGGUUUGAAGAGUCAGGAUUAAAAAUGCUUAAUCCAAAACUAGAGUGAUAAAAGCAACACCUACAUUAGCCUGCACAUAAGAGUGGUAGCAAGCUAAAUAUUUGAAAUGGUUUAUUUUCUUUACAGCAGGUAUGUUUUCAGCAGGCCUUGCUCCAGCUGCCUUUAUGCCAAAUCCUUACAUCAUCAGCACCGCUCAUCCGGGAACUGAUCCUUAUACAGCCGCAGGUCUGGCUGCUGCAGCAACAUUAGCAGGUUUGUGGUAUACUGAAAAAUUCCAUCUGCGUUCUAAAGGGAAUCUGUCAACCACACAAUAUCUAUUCGCUAAACACUGUGAUGGCAUAAUGUAUGUGACGUAUAUAGAUUAGAAGACUUCCUCCACAAACUCCACAAUUCCUAGUCUGUUUACAUACGGAUUAUUUAGAGAUUACUUUUUAUACUCUUUAAAGUAUAGACAUAACUUUAAUUCUUUUGUGUUUCAAUAUACCUAGUACAAGUAGUUUAGUUAAAGGAACACUAUAAGGUUAGGAACACAAACAUGUCAAAACCACCAUCGAGCCCCCCUGGCAUCUCUUGUCUCCCUAAAUAUAGUAAAAUCUUACUUGUAUUUUACUCGUAUUCAAGUCUGCAGCUGCUGCCUCUGCCCCUGUUCUGUUUUCUUGGCUGACAUCAUCAAAAGGGAUUAUGUGAGCCAAUCACAAUGCUUUCCCAUUGGAUUGGCUGAGACUGUAAAGGAGGCAUAUCAGAAGCAGAGCCAGCACAAGUCAAAUACCGCCAUGGCCAAUCAGCAUCUCCUCAUAGAAAUUUAAUUGAAUCAGUGCAUCUCUAUGAGGAAAGUUCAAUGUCUGCAUGCAGAGGGUGGAGACACUGAAUGUCCGUGCUGCUCACUAUGCAGCACUGCCCCAGGAAGCACUUCUAGUAGCCAUAUAAUGAGUGCCCAGUGGAGUUAUCACUGGGCUGUAAUGUAAACACUGCAUUUUCUCUGCGAGAAAAAAAAAAGUGUUUUCUGCAAAAAGCCUAAAGGGAAUAAUUCUACUCACCAAAAUAAAUGCUGUAGCUGUAGCUGUUUUGGUGACUAUAGUGUCCCUUUAAUACCAUGCUGAAUAAAUCUCACAAAGCUUACCAGAAAUGACUGUAUUGCUCAAAGAAUGAUACAGACAAUCCCUUCUUUAUAUUAAACAGAGUGUAGACAAUCCAUUUACCGUAUAUACUCGAAUAUAAGUCGAGACCCCUAAUUUUACCCCAAAAAACUGGGAAAACUUAUUGACUCGAGUAUAAGACUAGGGUGGGAAAUGCAGCAGCUACUGGUAAAUUUCUAAAUAAAAUUAGAUCCCCAAAUAAUUAUUUUAAUUGAAUAUUUAUUUACAGUGUGUGUAUAUAAUGAAUGCAGUGUAUGUGUGUGUAUAUAAUGCAGAGUGUAUGUGUGUGUGUAUGAAUGCAGUGUGUGUGUGUGUGUGUGUGUAUAUAUAAUGCAGUGUGUGUAUGUAAUGCAGAGUAUGUAACCUUGGUGGGGGAGUGGACAUUUAAAAAAAAAUAAAAAAUUUUUUUAUUAUUUUAAUAUUACAUUUUUGUUUAAAAUAUUUUUAAUAUUAUGUAUAUUUUUUGUCCCCCCUCCAUGCUUGUUAACUGGCCAGGGAGGGGGGUUAUAGUAUUCCCUGGUGGUCCAGUGGUGUGUACUGUGCAGGAGGGGGGCUGGCAGCGAGCUGUAACUUACCUUUCCUGCAGCUCCUGUCAGCUCCCUUCUCCUGCAUUCCGGUCAGCUCCACUGUAAGUCUUGUGGGUAUGCGUGCCACGCGGAGCUGAACGGAGCAGAGGAGAAGGGAGCUGACUGGAGCUGCUGUAAAGGUAGGUAACAGCUCGCUGCCAGUUCCCAACAGGACCGCCGUAAUGAGCCCGGCGGUCCUGGUCUGUAUUAUGGCAAUGUAAGUUGCCAUAAUACAGACACUGACUCGAGUAUAAGUCGAGUGGGGGGGUUUUCAGCACAAAAAAUGUGCCGAAAAACUCGACUUAUGCUCGAGUAUAUACGGUAUAUAGAUUUUAGUUUGGCUAUAUUUUCCUUAAUUAUUUUUUUGUUUUUUUAGGUCCAACAGUCGUUCCUCCACAAUAUUAUGGCGUUCCUUGGGGAGUGUAUCCAGCAGGUUUAUUUCAGCAGCAAGCAGCAGCAGUUGCUGCGUCAGCCACAAAUGGAAAUAACCAGCAAGCAGCAUCACAGGCUACACAGGGACAGCAGCAGGUAUUCAAGAUGAUAGGUUUGCAAUAACCGUAAAUCCUCUUCUCCUGUACGUUUGGCCAUUACCCAUAAUGGGGCCUGCCAGUCUGACGCUUGCAGAGGGUAACAAACACUUCCAUUCCAGCUGCAAGUUUUCCAGCUCCACAAGAAACUAAAAAGUUUAGGUGCCAUAAAUGCCCUCUAUAUUAUCUUAUCAAGUUCUAUCGUGGAACUUGUAAUAUAAAUACACUGAGUUCAAUAACAAAGAGACAAUGGGAAUGUUUUACAAAGUGCGUUAGUUAUUUUUAUUUUUAUUAGCAGUAACAGAAUUGUAGAGGUUUUUUUCAGCUUUCCAUUUCGUAAGAGCUGCUGCUUGGGAUUCUCAUCCUGGAAAGGAAGAUGGCACAAACUGGAAAUGCUAUAAAAGUUGUUUAGAAUUUCUGUUUAUGUUGGUGGUUUGUUUCAUUUCAGACUGAAGGUUAUGGUGGCAGACUGCAAAGCACAGCAAUCUAUUCAGCAAUGUUCUAUCCACAGGUUAUGCGUGCUGCCGCUAAUCAGCGCCCGCUCACACCAAAUCAGGGCCAACAAGGACAGCAGGCAGAGUCCCUUGCUGCAGCUGCAAACUCUGCUAUGGCUUUCGGACAAGGCCUUGCCACUACCAACAUGUCAGGUAGGUGGAUUGUGCUACAAAGAUUGGUUGGCUUUUAUCUGUUCCCGGAUAUAGAAAAGUAAUUCUUCUAAUCUCUCAUUAUAAAUAAUGUAGUCAAAAAUCAGAAAUGACCAUCGAUGAAACAAUUGACAAACUAUAUAGUUACAUACUGGUCACUGGUUAUAAUCCUACUUAUUCUUGUUAGGAUUGGUUCACUUUUACAUUCUCUACCCUUGAACAAGGUUUUUUUUUUUUGUUUGUUUUUUUUUAAAUGAGAAACUUUGACGAAACAAGCUGAAAUGUUUAUAGUUCUUAAAGUAAAUAUUUUACUGUAGCAGAAGGAAAGUAUGUUUAUUAUAACUUUUAAAGAUCUGUAUCAGAACCAAAGUGUGUCUGUCUGAGUUUCAAUUCAGUCAAGACAUGUGUUUGUCCAAUGGACACGUCUGUGUUUUCUUUGAUGUGUGUUGAAUACUGCUGUUAUAAUUGCCUAGGCUAUCAAGUACUCACACCCACGGCCUACUACGAUCAGACUGGUGCAUUGGUGAUGGGUCCUGGAGCAAGAGCUGGACUUGCCGCCCAAGUGCGAUUAGUGGCAUCUGCACCCGUUCUCAUCAGUCCUGCAGCAGCACAAGCAGGUUUGUUUCUGAAGAGAAUAAUGUGUUUCCUGUAAUAAUUAUAUUCUGUAUAUCACCACGUGCUCUUUGUAAUUCUACUCUGCUGGAAAAGGGAAAUAGUCAUGUCAAAUCCUGGGCAAUAUAAAAUACAGUCAAGCCCAAUAAUCUUUCUCUUUUAUAAAUAAAAAAAAAAAAAGUCAUCAUUCACAGCACAGAAUGCAGGCAGGGUUAAAUUGCUCCAUAAUAGUGCAUAUAGAACCGUUCUAUUAUAUUAGACAUGUCUUAAAAUAGUGAGCUUUGUAGAUCGGUAGUCACCCAGUAGCUUGAAUAUAGUGCAAUAAACCAUAUUGAAUAUAGUCAAAAUCCACAAAUUUUGUAUAGUAGGACAUUAAACUUAUUUUAGAUUUUUUUUUUUUUUUGCAGUUUUAAUAUAUGUUGGCUAAUCCGUCUUAUACCUUAUACACGUUUUUCUGCACAGAAAAAAUGGGAAUUGGGGGCACAUCCAGAACAUCAAUUUCCAAGCAGUGGUGCUGCCAUAAAGACCAAAACAUUUACAAAAUACAGUUAAAGGAACAGCGCACACACAAUUAUAUAACUUUGCUUAAAAUCACCUACAGAAAAUGAGGAAAAAAGCUCCUCCAGAGGCAGGGGAAGCUAAUUCCAUCAAAACCAAUAUCCCUUAGUUAGAGCAGUACAGAUAUAAUGCUGUAAUAAAGUAUAUAGCACACAAAAAAUUAUAAUAAACUUUUAUUAGAAUAGAAAAAUAUCUAAAAACUAAUAAAAACCUAAUAAAAACACUGUAUACACAGUGCUGGAUUGCUAGACACCAAUUAGUGUGGAUAGAUUAGAACUAAUCAUACACAGUGCAACAUAGUAACAAUAUACUGUCCAAAAAUGUGACAAAGUAUAUUCUAUUGAGAGAAAGUUGCAAAGUAAAAAGUAAUGCUAGGUCUAAACAAAAGAGAUAUAUAAGAAUAUCCCUAUGAAUAGCAAUCACAGAGUAGAAUCAGCUAUAUUCCAGCAUCCCCAAAUAUAAAAUAGAAUGGAGUGUCUAAUAUCUAAUUGGGUGACAAAAAAAUCUCUCUAGAAAAAAUACAUACUAGUCCCUCUAAUUCCAAUCGGAAUACUGAGAUAACAAAAUCUCAUAAAUAUACUAAACCAGGGCUUUGGAAGAUGGGUAAAUCGAAAGGACAGUGAGAGGAAAAAUUAUGAAAUGAAAGUAGGAAAUAGAAGAAAAACUAUUGCUAUAGAGAGUAUAAAGGUGCAUGAAGCUGUAAAAUAAAUAAAGGAUUCAGUCGGCAAAAGAAUCCCCUAAUAAAGCGCAGCACGCACCAAAAAUAGCUGAAAAUCAAAAGGUGUAUAUUGAAGUCCGACGCGCGUUUCGGCGAGGAAAACGCCUUUCUCAAGGGCAUGAGCAGACAAAAAGUGUCUGACUCCACAUUCCUUUUAAAAGAUCUAGUGCCCAAACAUGUAUCCAAUGGGGUGUAAUCUGAAGCUCCCCACCAAUAGGGAUCGAAGGUGGGAGGACCUAACAGCAUAGCCGCCCUUUAACUUUGUGCUGUUCCUUUAACUGUGUUCUGUAUCAGUUCUAAACAUAUUUAUUUGCAGCACGUCAGAUAAUGUGUUCUAACCACAAAAGACAGAUAAACUAAUACAGUUAAAAUGCUUUUGUAAACAAAAUUGUCCUGUUCUUUACAUAAUAAAAUUAUUAAGUUACUUUGGUCUCAUUUUAAAAUGAAUGUUGGAAGAAAAAAAAGGAGACUGUUAAUAUCAUCUACUUCUUGCUUUUCCUCAAACAUAAAGUACACUGCGCAUUACCUUAGAUCUAACUUACAAACCUGGACAUAUGUUCACAAAAAUUCCAGCAGGUUUGGUGUAAUUGGCAAUAAGUCUUGUGUAUACGUUUUCUUGUCUUUUUCCAUUGAAAAGUUUUUUUGUAUUCACUCUGUGACAUUGUGGCUCAAUACCUUUUGUUUUACAGCUGCUGCAGCAUCGGCUUCUGGUGCUAACAGCCUUACAGGAGCCACAAACAAUAUCUUCCGACCUAUGAGCCAGCAGCAGCAGCAACAGCAACAGCAGCAGCAGCAGAAUGCCAAUCUCCACUCCAACUCUUUCUAUGGGAACAAUGCCCUGACUAACAACAGUCAGAGCAGCUCCCUGUUCUCGCAUGGGCAGGGGCAGCCUGGAAAUGGGUCUCAUGGAUUUGGCAGCAACAACUCCUUGGGUGCAGCCAUUGGAUCUGCUUUUGGGGGAUUUAAUUCAUCAGGUAUACUACCAAACCAGUAAGCUGAACUAGACAAAUCUAAAUUGGAGUUAAGAACUUACCGUUUCAUUUCCAAAGAGUGUGAUUUCCUGCAAAAACCCAUACUUAUUCCCUCUUCUUUCAUUCCUUUUUCUUUCUGAGCACAUUUGUCCUCAAAGUAGUAUGUAUCCUCUCAGUCCCCUUUGGUUUGCCAUUGGCGAGUUCUGUUUGAUAUUGACAAGGCAGCUUUCCCCCCUAUCAUCUGACUAAAUUUUAAACCGCAUAUUAAACUGACUAUUUACUUCUUACGUGAUUAUGUGCUUUCUCAUGCUACUUCCAGCGUCUGGUUUUUGAGGUAGCCAUUUUAUUUGCAAAUAAGUUUAAGUACCAUAGCAAAUAUGGUGCAAGGAAUCCCCUUAGUGCUGUCCCUCUGUUGGCUAUUUUUGAAUGGUUAGGCACUUACCUGUUUUCCUUACAGGGUCCCCUGGCAACAUAACCACUGCAGAGCUCUAUAUUGACUAUGGUGCUUAAAGGGGCACUUUAAACAAGUACAUUUCACUAUGUAGUAGAUACCCCAAAUGUCUACAUAUGCAUGCAUUUUUCAUGCAUGUCUAUUGGGGCAUAUCAUAAGAGCUUGCAAAAGUUGCUGUUUUUCACUGAAUGAGAAUAACAGUCUCUUCAUUGGGAAAUAGCCUAUUAGAGGUUUCUCUUCUUUCCUCGAAUGGCAUUUAUUUAUUUAAAGGGCACUUGUCAAGCCUCAAACAACUUAAGCACAUUAGAUUGAGCAUAAGAUAUUAUCUAUACAUUAUGCUUGCAGUUUUAAAAAUAGUUUUUUCUCUCACCUGUUAAUAAAUGCCUCUGUGUGCCAAGGGAGAACAGAAAAGACCUCCCACAGAAGGUCCCUCUGCUCUCCUCAUUUAGCAACCACAGCACAUGCUCUGUGGUUGCCAUGGAAACUCCUUAGCCAGUGCUAGAAGUAUAGGAAUGGAGUGGCAUGACAUCCCUCUGUUCACAGGGUGGCAACGAUGAGGAGGUUUGCCCUGCUUGGGGAUGCGUUUCAAGCAGGGCAAAUCAAAGAAGAGGAGCGGAGGACAGCCAGGAUGUAGGUGUUAGAAGAAGAGUAACAUCCACCAGGCCAUGCAGCAACGGAGGAAGUCAAUCCAUCUCUAUGAAGUGAUGCUGAUUGGCCAACUCUGCGUUUUGCCGUGCGUGCGUAUUACCCUCCCUAUACUUUCCUUCGGCAAAGCAUUUGAUUUGCUGAGAUCAUCAAUUCUGAUGAUCUCAGCCAAGGAGGCGGAUCUGGGGCGGCAAUUUUUUUUUUUUUUUUGUGUUAACAUCUGUUUUAAGUGGGGUAAGGAGGGGCCGGUACCUAAAUAGCAUUUUUAACACUAGGGGGGUCAGGAAUACUAACAUGAGUGUUCCUUUAAGAGGUUCACUUUAACACACAUAUAUUGCGAUAGAAUAAUUUUUGGCUUCUGCUUCUCAUGGCAACAGAGAUGGCCCAACUUUUCAUUAGCUUUUUGGGGGCAAUAAUCAGUUUAGACGUCUGCCAGAUCGGCCAUUAUUUUAUUAGAUAACUACCUUUGCAUGCAACAGUUAGACAUACUGUUCUUUUCUGCUUAAUUUGAAGGAUCACUAUAGUGUCAGGAAAACAAACUCGUUUUCCUGACCCUAUAUAGCCCUUAGGGCCCCCCUCCCACCAGGUUGAAGGGGUUAAAACCCCUUCAGCUACUUACUUUAAUCCAGCACCUGGCUUCCUCGGCGCUGGUGACCUCUCCUCCCCCUCCGACGUCAGCUCCCGAGUGGAGUGGAAUGUGCAUGCGCGGCAAGCGCGCCAUAGAAAAGCAUUUCUCAAUGCUUUCCUAUGGACAUUCUGCAUGCUGAAUGCAAUUUUCACAUUCAGCGUCGCAGAGAUUAACCCUGCUAUGUAAACAUAGCUCGUUCUCUAAAACUACUAUGUUUACAUCUGAAGGGUUAAAACCUGGGGGACCUGCCACCCAGACCACUUCAUUGAGCUGAAGUGGUCUGGGUGACUAUAGUGGUCCUUUAAUUUCAGUUUCUUUGUUUUUCUUUGUUGUUAAUAUUUGACAUAGAGAUUUAUUUAUACCAAAGUAUAACAUUGAAUGACCUGAUGUAAAUAAUCAGUGGUUGUAUUUGUUUGACAGUAGUCUUGUGAACCAGUCUAUAUAUUUUUUUUAGAUAUAUUUUUCUUUAGCCAUGCCCUUGUAAUGUUUUAUUUUAACCAAGGCGAAAGAAAACCCAUAUGUUACUUGACAGUUAGACGUUUUAAAGAAUAUGUAGUUGUUGUUGGGGGGAGUAUUUUUCCUCCCAUUACCUUGUGAUGAAAUUCUGUGCCAGGCAUAUGCCUUGGUAUGUUAGACUCAAACAGGCACGGCUUGUUUUGUUUAUCUUCACACGUCUAAUCUAUGGUUCUAGCUGCAUGAACAUAUUUAUAAGCUUGUGCCAUAGGUUAGAUGUAGAUGGGUGGAGACUAGUGAUGUCCCGAACGGUUCGCCGAACAGUUCGCCACGGACUCAUCAUUGAGUAAACUUUGACCCUGUACCUCACAGUCAGCAGACACAUUCCAGCCAAUCAGCAGCAGACCCUCCCUCCCACCUCCUGGACAGCAUCCAUUUUACAUUCAUUGUGAAGCUGCAUUCUUAGUGAGCUGUCCAGGAGGUGGGAGGGUGUGGGAGGGAGGGUCUGCUGACUGUGAGGUACAGGGUCAAAGUUUACUCAAUGAUGAGUCCGUGGCGAACCGUUCGGAACAUCACUAGUGGAGACUAUUCUAGCUAAUUGUGUAGGCUUGCUAGAUUGUCAUAUCCAUCCACUGACAUUAGUUCAAUCUCUCCUAUUUUACAUACAUUUUUUCUACUGUAGUAUUUUCAUUUAGCUAGUGCUGUUUAUUUUGUUGCAGAGGCAUGUUUGGUUAUGUAAGUAGGUUUGAAUUGAAACUCGCACUUGCAACUUUUUCUGUACAUUAAACUGAAUAUUCCCUAAAAUAGUAUUCUAAACAAGUUGCUAUUUUGCCAAGUUUAAAAUAUAGGUAUUUUUGGUGUUGCAGGGCCAGUGUAAAUGUUGCCAUAGUUGUUGCUAUCUUUAUCGACAACUACAAAUAGUUUAAAGGAUCACUAUAGCCCCCACCCUCAGGGUCCCCGUCCCGUGGCGCUGAAGGGGUUAAAAUGCCUUCAGCAGCUUACCUUUUUCCAUCGGCUGGCUCCCUCGGCACUGGUGACCUCUCCUCCCCCGCCGACGUCAGCGGAGCCGAUUGCGCGGCAAGUGCCGCGCGUGCAUUCAAAGUGUCCAUAGGAAAGCAUUUCUCAAUGCUUUCCUAUGGACGCUCUGCAUGAUGGAGGCAUAAUAUGCCUUCAGCAUCGCAGAUGCGCCUCUGGUGGCUGUCCGGAAGAAAGCCAUUGGAGGCUGGCUUAACCCCAAAUGUUUUCAUCUGAAUGGUUAAAACCUAAGGGACCUGGCACCCAGACCACUUCAUUGAGCUGAAGUAGUCUGGGUGACUGUAGUGUCCCUUUAAUGCUUCUUUCAUUUCAGAAAGUUAUAUUUGAACAUAACUUUUCAUUCCAGCUUAUCCUAAUGAGUGCUAAGAUAAAUAUACAUACCCUGUGGUGCCAAUCUCUGUUCCUAAUUACUGAUCUUAAUAUUAAUGGCUCUAAAUGGAUGUUAUCUCCCUAAUGACUUGAUGCUAAAUCCUGAUCUGUAGCGGUUGGCUCAGAUUGAGUCUACAUGGCUUACAACUCCCAUUUAGUCGUUUGUCUCUGCCAACAUUUUGCUCUCUUCAUGAUUUAAUUUAGUUUUUUUCUGUUUUUUUGGUUUGGCACAGAACACACAAAAAGGUUCUGAAAUACAGCUUUGAUGUCCAAUGUGUUUGUUUUGCUUUUCUUCUAUAUCUGUGAACCUGAUUAUUUCUCUUAAAUAUGGAAUUUCUUAUAGUAGGUAAUACAAGCAAGCCCUAAAAUUAUUCUCUCUGUGUGUGUGUUUUAAUACGCAGGUAUCACAUUAGAAAUAUUACUUAAAACAUAAAUUUGUGUUCAAAGAAUGCACAUGCAAUGUUUAUUUCACUUUAUGUAAACCACUGAAUUUCAUUUGUGCCUCUUUCCUUUAAAAGAAAAGUCUAUCUUCACAAAGUAAAAUUGCCUAAUCAAGUAAAACUAAGUCCUUAAAAACUUAUUUUGAUACACAUGGAUGAAGGAAAGGGGUAGUCUGAACACCAGUCUCCUAAAACCCAGUGUCAUUAGUUCCCUGACUUCCUCUCACAGUAAGUAGUCUUACCAUUUCAGUAUGGUUUGAUACUUACCUGUGUCACCCAGGCACUACCUGUUUGGCAUCCUCUUUUCAAAUAACUUAUGCAGGCAUUCAGUAUUUCAUUGGUGUUAAGGCUACCCUUGUUUAAGACAAUCCAUUGACUGAGUGCAACAGCCAUGGCAGGAAGCCAAGGCAAUCCUGGCACCAUAACCACUACAAUGGGCUGUAUUGGUUAGGGUGCACUAAUACUGCACCUAACACCUAUUAAUGUUAGAUUUAUUUAUUUUUAAUUUAAAUUCAGAAUUUGUAAAUUUGAUUAAUAAAUAUAUAGAAUUUAUUAAUUUCUGGGGUUUUCCUUAUGGAAACUUGUAUGAACAAAAUUUGCAACUUAAAGGAAAAAAGUUAAUUACAUUUUUUCCCCAAGGGGCAGUUGCUGUUAUCAUACUUUAAUUUUAUGUUGAUGUCUGCGUAGUUUUGGAGUGUUUCUUCAUUUAACACUGUGUGUUUUUAAUUAUGAUUUUGUUUGUUUUAUUUUAUUUCUUCAGUUGGCAAUUCCGCAGGUAGUAGUGGCUCAAGGAGAGAUUCCCUGUCUGCUAGCUUUGACUUGUACAAAAGGUCUAGCGGCAGCCUAGCAUCCAUAGGGCAGCCAUUUUACAAUAGCCUGGGAUUUUCCUCCUCUCCGAGUCCAAUAGGCAUGCCUCUACCAAGCCAAACGCCAGGACAUUCACUAACGCCACCGCCAUCCCUUUCAUCACAUGGAUCUUCAUCCAGUUUGCAUUUAGGUAAAGCAAACUUUUUAUUUGUGUGUUUCGUGUGUGUGUUUUUGUGAUUGUGGCUGUGAUUUUAUUUUAUUUGUUGGUUUACCAUUUUGCAUUUGUUAUAGAUGUUUGUUUUCCUUUGUGGAAUUGUCCAUGUUUGUGCACAUAUUCUAAUUUACAGGUGUCGGGGGUUAACAUGAGAAUGGAAAUGUUUUUGGUUUUUAUAAAAUAUAUAUAUAUAUUUUUUUUUUUUAUAAACAUGGUGUUUUAGUGACCGCUGUCCCCUUUCAGUGGUGGAAGGAGUGUCUUUGUCUAUAUCUGUGCAUUGUAUUAAGAGCUACUUACUCACUUUAAUGUCCUUCUGUUACAGCCUUUUCAGUUAUAUUAAGUUGAGUAUAAUAAUUGAAGCUGUAGGUUUACGUUUUUAGGUUUGUUUCUCAGCAAGUUUCCCUCUGCCUUUUCUUCCUUAUGUUGUCAAGUAAAUGAAUACAAUUAAUUUGGGUAAUGAGUAAAUACUGAGCCCUAAAACAUGCUUGGAAAGUAGUUAAAGCUAAAUGUACAGUUUCCUAUGCUAAAUAUUAUAUAAUAGAAAUUGCAGCUAGGAAUAUGUUCCGCUCAAUAAGAAUAAUUGACCCUGCAAACUUUUAGUUUCCUUCGCGUGGUUUUCCUAGGUCGUUUUAAAGCAUUUGGCUGGAUCUGAGUGGGUAAGCUGUCUCUUCACUCUAAUUAAUACAUAACUAGAAAAGCUACAAUUUCUGGGGAAAUUGUGUGAAGUGUUCUUGCCUCCACCAGUAGUCUACAACUGGAGUGGGCGGAGUAACUGUUAUUAUUUAUUUAUAUAGUACAUUUAAUUGCAACGUUGUUGCCCAAAGUGCUUCACAGUUAUAUUAAAACAUACAUUUAUAAAAACAUUAGCAGGUGUACAAAAGGCCCUGUCUAUGACAUCACUUGCUGCUCCAGCCUGGCACAGGUCAGAGUAUUUUGGCGGUUGCCAUCCUACAGCAAAGAGCUUUAUAUUGUGAGAAUCACAAGACCCAGACAUACAUUUUGCAUAGUAUGUCUCUGAAAUAUUAAAAAUGAAGGCAUAGUCGCAGUUUAGAAAUUGCCCUUCAAAUUUUAGGUGGCUAGAGUGGAGUUUCAAUGAAUGUCAAUGGACGGCGUGAGUUGCAAACAAAUGGUCACAUUGUGAAAACUAUCAGGACUAUGGCUUAGCUGUGUUUAGUGACAGCAGGGAUAGCUGAACGUUUUGAUAUAAGAUUUGUGUAGGUGGGCUUUAAAAUGAGGGAGUGGUGGCAGUUUAGAAAUCAUGUCCUGAUUUGUCAGCUUUUGCCAGCUCCCACUCUAGUUUUGAACAUUUUGCCAUUCAUUCCUAUGGGACCAAUUUUGCCACAAAAACGACGAUAUUCCGUGAACCAUUUGGCGAAACGUUCCACAAAGUAAUAGCAAUCCAAUCGGAAACAAUCUGCACGUUUCGGUUUAUUACUGUCUAUGUAGUGUAAAAACUGUGGGAGGGGUUAGGGUGGUAAAUUUGGCUAUAAUAAGAAUAAUAUAUAUGUGAGAUAACAUUAAGUGGUCUUGCUAUGCAAGAACACUUAAUUAAAAGUAAACCAGUCCCAGUGGUAUUCCAAGACACCCAAGCCAAACCACUUCCUUCACCAAGGAUUAGUUGGUGCCCUGUGAAAAUAUCCACCGAAACCUUUUCUAUAACUCUGGUACAAGAUCAUCUCAUUUGACAAUAAUACUUUGUUACAGAACUCUGCAACUAAAUCAUAGGGAAUAUUUGUGAUCUGUCCAAUAGUUUCUAGUAUUUUUUUGUAAUUUGGUCCAUACGUUUGCAUACUGUAUAUGCACAGUUGCUGUUGACAUCCUUUGGUUUUGGCUGUGUGUCUACAACAUGAUAAACUGCUCCUCUGCCGUUUACAUGUAUUUCUUCUAAUUGUUUACGCACAGUCGGGUUGUGGAUUUUUGUUCAAAUGGUCUUGUACAAGGGACAGAAGUGGUAACCCAGUUUACUUGUCCUGACACAAAAUAAUAUCAAAGAUUGUGGGGGCCCUUGCCUAAAGCUGUGGACAUUCACUAAUUUUCACAAAUUAAAUCUGAAUGAAAUAAUAAAGGCAAAAAUAGCUGGUCUGGAAAUAUUUUUUAACUUUGCUAUAGUUAGAGCAUGGGUAUUUUUGCUUCAAUUUUGACUUUUGGAUUUAUUUGGCAAAAACUUUCCAUUUAUUUUGCAAAAAAGUGUAGUCUCUCCCUUUGUCUUAGUAUGUGUGCUGGCUGCAUGUAAUGUGUGGUUGUGGGUGUGUAUGUGUUGGCUGUAUAUGACGUGUGUGUGGUGCACUGCCUGUAUGUAAUGUGUAUGUGCUGUGCACUUGCUGUAUGUACGGUGUGUGGAGUGUGUUUGCUGUAUUUUUAAAGUAAUGUGAUUAAGAAUUUAUUUUUUUAGUCUAGUGUUUUAUGCAUUGAUAAGAAUUUUUAUUUAUUUAUAAUGUUUACAUAUAAAUUAAAGUGUAAAUUGUUCAAUUUGUUUAAUCAAACCAUGUCCUCGCUAACUUGCAUAUACAAUUUGUUUGACACGAUCACUGGCCCAUACACUGACCCACAAACACACUCUGUGAUCCAUACACAGACUCCUUACGGACACAUAGACAAACUAACACACACACUGACCCCUUUAUACACAAGCUACAACUGACCCACACACUAUACAUCUCCAUACCAUUUUACAUUACCAGCAGCCGGUUUGCAGAUUGUCCCCUUGACUUUUCAUUCCUCAACGCACAGAGUACGGGCUGCUUGGAUAUGAGUCAUGCUACAUCCUGACAGCCAUUAGCUUUGUGUAUCAUUAGAUACAUGUACUGCGGUCCCCAGCCACCUUUUCUAGUGAAGCAGACAGUCCUUCCACCGCAACAAUACAGCCCAGGAGUCAAUUGUCAAUAGUAUUCCUCUAUCCAUAAGUUUAUGGAUGUAAAUACAAUUCAACUUAAAGGGACACUCCAGGCACCCAGACCACUUCUGCCCAUUGGAGUGGUCUGGGUGCCAACUCCCACUACUCUUAACCCUGCAAGUGUAAUUAUUGCAGUUUUUUAAUGAACUGCAAUAAUUACCUUGCAGGGUUAACUCCACCUCUAGUGGCUAUCUACUACACAGCCACUAGAGGGCACUUCCUGGUUUCUAGAACAGGAAUCCUGUGCUAGAGCGUCGCUGGACGUCCUCACACUGUGUGAGGACCUCCAGCGUCGCUCAUAUCCCCAUAGGAAAGCAUUGAAAUGCAUUUUCAGUGCUUUCCUAUGAGGAGCGCUAACGCGCAUGCGCAUUAGGUCUCCCCGGGCCGGUGGGCGGGAUCAGUCUCGCCCACCGGUCGACGCAAUCAGAGGGAGGAGCGGCGCGGAGGAAGAAGCAGCGACGUGGGACAUCGUCACUGCCUCUGGUAAGUGACUGAAGGGGUUUUCACCCCUUCAGCAACCGGGGAUUGGGGGGUGGGAGGGAGAGGGGACCUGCAGUGCCAGGAAAACGGAUUGUUUUCCUGGCACUGGAGUUUCCCUUUAAACCUCACAGUCCACAGCCUUUCCAAUAAAGCCACUUAGUCGUUUAAAGUUUUUUCUUCUCAGCACAUAUUCAUUGGGCUGUUGUACAAUCCUAUAUUACAAAACAACUUGUCAUGUUAUGUAUGUAGAGUGUAAAAAAAAAAGGGGGGGGGGGGGGAAGAAAAGGCAAUGUUUACAUUGUUGCCCAGGUACACCUCUAGUGGCAGCCACUGAGCGUUCCUUAUAGAGAUGCAUUGAUUCAGUACAUCUAUAUGAGGAAAUGCUGAUUGACGCAACAUUUUGCAUUGCAUGCACAAUAGCUUUACAAUGCUUUCCUGUGGAGAAGGAGGUGGGGCAGACACGCUUGGCCCUGGAAAUAAGGUGAGUUUAACACCUUUUUAUCGGGAGCAAGAGGGGCCGGAUACCGAAACAGUGUUUUUAAACCUAUAGUGUCGGGAAUACAAACACUAAGAGAUACUUAAUUCUGAUGGUGUCUGCAUUCCAGAGUUUAGUUGAGUCCAAAGAUCCCAUUACAGCUUGCUUUUGGAGAUUGUGUAUGGUUUCUGAUUUUAGGCCCAAGAGCUUGUUCACUGUGCAUCAUCCUACGUACUGGGUGCUCCAUCUGCCUCAAAUAUUAGUAAUGUGUUGCUCUUUGGUAGAAGGGGUAAAAUGUGCUGCCUUUCCUAAUGGAGGUGGUGUGGCAGAGUCAGAAGGCUUUAGAAAGCCAUGUUUCGGUGGUAUGGGAGGGAACCAGGUGAAUAAAUAAUACUUCAUUGUUGCUGGUUUUAUGGUACUUAGUCUCCUAUGUAGAUAGCCCAUGGAAGUCAGUGUUUGUAACAAUUUUUGAAUUGGGGUUUAGAGCAAGGUUAGGGACACCUGUCCAGCAUACAGAUUUUUUUUAAUAUAAUAUUAACUUAUCUCCUAUGCUUUACAAAUAUGUUUGAGAGGUGUGAACAAUACAUUUAAUUCUACCUGUGUGUGUUUGGUAGUGUAUAUCAUCUUUUUUGUGUCUAUAAGUGUGCAUGCUUGUAUGUGUCAGACUGUGUAUUUCUGUUUGUCUUGGAAUGCAUGUCCAUGAGUGUUUUUGUGAGCUCUUCAUGGGACCCAUAGACUAUGAUUUUGUACAAGAAUUCUAAUGGCAAUCCUGCCUUCCACAACACCAUGACAGAAUGUUAACUUACCUUGCUACUUCCCCUAUCACCAGUUCACCGAAUAAGCCAGGUCUCUGGAAAAUCUCCAUACUACAGAAUUCUUUUACAUUUUGAGCAAUCAAUAAAGGUUGGGUGUAUAAAUAAACCCGUUCAGGAACCUUGUUGAAUCUUCAAAAGAUGCAAACUCUGUCUUUUGUUGGCUUCUCUCUCAAACACCAUGCAUUACUUUGAAAUCUAUAGGCAGUAUGACGCAUAUCUUGCACCGUCAGUUCGCAAUGUUCCAAUGCUGAAUGUUGUCUUUAGGACUUGCAGAUGCUUUGCCAGGAUUGCACAAGCAGUGAUGGGUGUGUGCACUUGAGCACAUGCAGCCCUGUCAAAUUCCUGCUAAUGAUCCAGGCAUCUACAUGAGAAGCAGUGAAUUGGUCUACUGCGCAUGCUUAGUUCAUCCUUUCUGCAUUUCUUUGACCGGCAUUUGAUUGGAGAAUGUGCAGCACUAAAUAUGAAGUUCAUACUAGCAAAAAAGAGCAGAUCAUCGUCUGCAGAAGCUUUUAGGAGUUAGGGAAGGAAGUUCUAAUUAACAGCACAAGUGAGCAAAAACUACACCUAGUUAACAUUUAUGCCCCCAACGACCCAGAUCACAAUUUCUGGGACUACAUGGAAACCCUACUAUCCACCCUCCAAGGAGGCAUACUAGUAGUAGGGGGGGAUUUUAAAGCUGUUCCCUGCCCGACACAAGAUAGAAGCUCUAAACCAGGGACACAACGCUCACAGGGCAGGGGGGACAAGACAAACUAAUGCAUGCAUUCCUCCAACACACAGGAUUGCUCGACGCAUGGAGACUCCAACACACGGCGGACUACUCGUACUACUCUGCACCACACAACACAUACUCCAGAAUCGAUAAUAUUCUCCUUAAUGGCGCAGGCAUGGCUAUACUCAUCCACUCAGAGAUCAAUAGCAUUACAUGGUCUGACCACGCUGAUGUCGCGGUCACACUGGAGAAACUGCACUAUCACUCCGACUGGACUUGGAAGCUCAAUACGAACCUACUCAAUGACGAGGAUAUACUCCUCACAACUCGGGCGACAAUUACAGAUUCUGACGUUGGGGAUAUAACCCCAAAGACCGUCUGGGCAGCUCACAAAUCAGUACUGAGGGGCCAUUUCAUUUAGGCAGUCACCCACAAAAAUAAAACGAAGCACCUCUUGGAGCUUCAAACCACACUGUGGAAAACAGCACAACAACACAAACACAGCCACACCACACAUAAGUUCAACGAACUCCAAGCACUAAUACACUCCAUUAGAGAGCUGUCCAUAGCAGACGUGGCACGCUCCAUGCUCUGGUCUAGGCGCCUAUUUUACGAAAAGGCCAAUAAGUUGGACACACUGCUAGCCAAAAACACUGACUGACAACAAACAUGCGCUUGAACAUCAGGCUUCUGCGAAAGCCCACUACCGAAGUGUUACUGUAUUAAUGCAACACCUGUCAGUGACCACAUAACGAAUUUAAAAAAAAAAGUCACUGUGCACUCAAUACUUCCAAAGGCCAGGAUUUGAAAAAGAUGCAAUCAGCAAUUUGUAUUAUUACUUGGUUGUUUUAUGUAUUUAAAUAUCAACGUGAUGAUAUGAUUACUCAGUCUGCCUUUAAAGGAUGAAAUGGAAGAUAUACAAACUAGCUGUUGAAUCCAUACAUGGUAUUUCUGCCUGUAGUGGUAAACUGUUUAUCAUUUAGUUUGUCAUUCCCUGCAACAUGCACACAUUCUGCCCUUCUUCCCUACAGCCUCAUUGUUUGGAAUUUUAUUAAAUCGUGACCAAUCGCUAUUUAUUUUAAACCGUGACCAAACCUUUUUUAGUAGAUGUUGGCACUCUUAUAAUGGAAACUUAAAGGACACUCAAAGCCUUAUAACAAGCUAUGCUCACCGCAAAGCUUGAUAAUGCAGAGAUGUCUGCUCUCCUUUUCUUCUCAAAUGAAAUUUGUUAAAGCAACAUCUAUUUGCAAACAUCCCUGCAGAUAUACACCUGUCCUUUUGGUGACACAUAUCACAGAAUGAAAAGAAUACUUAAUCUUCUUCUGUUGCUUGUACACUGUGUGAACUAGGGCUCGUCAAAUCCCAGGCACCAAGUCGCAAUGGUUACUAGGAUUUUUGCCCUGGCGCCUGGGAUUUGCUGGCUCAUUUAGCCCCCGAGGUGGUCGGCUGCUUAUGAGUGCAGGCGGACGGCUCAUAAAGAGCAGAAGCAUGCGUUCUGUCGGCCUGCUGAGUGCGGGCGGUCGCAGCCAGCCAACCGAUGGAGAGGGCGGGAGGCUCCUGGAAGAUUGAGCAUGUGUGGCAAAACGCCAUGCUGUGCCAAUCAGCAUCUCCUCAUAGAGAUAAAUUGAAUCAAUGCAUUACUAUGGGGAGCAUUCAGCGCCUCCACGCAGCGCAUGGAGACGUUAAACGUAGGUGCUGCGCACUGUACAGCACUGACCCAGGAUGCACUCUAGAGGCCGUCUGAGUGACUGUCACUAUAAAUGUUACUAAGCAACAAUGUAAAUACUGCCUUUUCUCUAAAAAGACAGGGUUUACAUUGAAAAAUGUGCAGGGACAGGUUAUAGACACAAGAACAACUACAUUAAGCUGUAUACUAUACAGUAAGCUGUGCUGAUUCUGGUGACUAUAGUGUCCCUUUAAGAAUUGCAUUUUUCAUUGAAAAGCCUAGUUUCUAACUUUAUUUGCUGGCUCCUAGAUUCUAAGCAAAUUUGUCAAGCCCUGAUGUGAACAAUUCCCACCUCCCCAAUCAGGCUAUACAAGCUGCAAAGGAACCUAAAUAGUGGCUACACUCAUGCUUGAUCAUAGCGGGUAGAUGCUUUUAGAUAAUUUAGUACAGCUGUCUGCAAUCUGAAAGGAGCCAACAGUGCACCUGCUAUCAGCAUAGACAGCCGUUCCAUUGGUUUUGCUUGAUGAAACUAAUUGCUACCAACUGUUGAACUGCCCAUCUGAUCCCAUGAACAAUUGAUGGGCAGUAGGUUACAGUAUGAGCUCAAUGAAAAUAAUAAUGCAUCUUGAAAAGGCUUACCUAAUUUCUGGUGUGGGCUGAGCUUACUGUAGAUAUGCAAAGCCUGGAUAUGGGCAAGAAAUGCAAAGGUGGGUAUGUUUUUGAGCUGUAUGGUCUAUAUAAUUAACAAAUAAUCAAUCUGGACUACCUCUUUAAUAUUUUCUUCAAAUAGUUUUUAUUAAGCGGUGUCAAUUGAAUGGAAUGUAGACAUUGACUGGGUUGUGCUUGCUACAGGAGGUCUCACAAAUGGUAGUGGACGCUACAUCUCUGCAGCUCCAGGAGCAGAGGCAAAGUACCGCACUGCAGCCAGCAAUUCCAGCUUUUUCAGUUCCAACAGCCAGCUUUUCCCUCCCUCUCGUCUGCGCUACAACCGCUCUGACAUCAUGCCCUCGGGCCGGAGUAGGCUGCUGGAGGACUUCAGGAACAAUCGUUUUCCAAACCUGCAGCUCAGGGAUCUGAUAGGACACAUAGUGGAGUUUUCCCAAGACCAACAUGGAUCUAGGUGAGAUUACAUAAUGCAGGGUGAUCGUAUUGAGUAAUAUUGUAUUGAUAAAAGAUAAGACAACACUUGGCCAGCCAAUUGGAUUAUUCUUCUUAUCCUUAUUUUUCGAAUGCGUGCAGGACCAUUCACUUUAGUAGAAAACGCAUAUCACAAGAAAACAUAUCUUUGUUUUGGUUUUGUUAAAGUUACUUUCAUUGUGGUCAACAGUAGUUGUUUGAGAAGGGAACUGAUGUAAAAAAGUUCCCAUAUAAAAUCUAAUUAGGUUAAAGAUCAUGCAUCUUUCAGAGAUCUCUGGCUAGUACCCAACAAGAAUCCAAAAGAAUCUCUUCACUCCUCUGACAAUCCAAUUUGUUCCAUUUCAUUUUUAAUGUGAUUGUUAACUUUGUAAAAUUCUUCUCUUCCCUAAGCAAUUCUAAUUGGAAUUAUUGCCUUUAUUAAUGUUUAUGAUCUUUCCAGGUUUAUCCAGCAGAAGCUAGAACGCGCUACUCCAUCAGAGCGUCAGGUUGUGUUUAGUGAAAUUCUGCAGGCAGCCUAUCAAUUGAUGACCGAUGUUUUUGGAAAUUACGUGAUACAGAAGUUUUUUGAAGUACGUUUCUUUUCUUUUUGUUUCUUCAGGUUGCAUGAGUGUGAGAAAAUAUCUAAAAAUAUCUCACAAUAAAGUUUAUUCCAUGCUAUUAUUUUACUGCUUUCACUGCCACAAUAAUAAUGAUCAUAUAAAUGCAAUUUCUCCAGUUUGGGGGUUCAUUUUCCUUGUUCUGGUGGAGAAACGGUAUAUCUGUUCCCCUGGUGAUAUGGCUCUCUUCCUUGCUCUCUCUCAGCUUGCUGAUAGGAAGCAGGGAAGGUCAUAAUUCCUACUACAUAGUCCCUGAUAUUGCAGACACCACCAAGGACGCCAAAUCACUGUAGGUUUUCUUAAAUUUAAUAUAUUCUGUUUUUUUUGCUGGUAGUAGCAUUGUGUUACAUUUAACACUAUUUGUCGUUCAGUUCGGCAGCAUGGACCAGAAACUGGCUUUGGCAACACGCAUACGUGGCCAUGUGCUUCCUCUGGCUCUGCAGAUGUACGGAUGUCGUGUCAUUCAGAAGGCCCUUGAAUCUAUAUCCCCGGACCAGCAGGCAAGUAGAAACACUUACAUUUUCUUAAUGUAGACAUUUACAUUGAUGUCUGAUACGGGAGACCGUGACGCAGGACAUUUUGUAAGGGGUGCAAAGCUUUAAUGAAAGGCCUCCUCAAAAUUAUUAGAGGGUAAAAUAAUCUCAUGAGCAAAUGUAGUAAUUCUUGUGAGUUUGAGAUAAAGAUUUGACUCAGAUGUCAAAAUAAAAUCCUCUUGAACAAAUCAAAGUAUUAAAACAUUAAUUGAAUUGGACUGUAAUUACUUGUUGACUGUAUUUAUGAAGGUGAUAAUUGAGCUAUUUGGGGUAAAGUGCUACCUUUGGAGCAAUAAUCUCAGACUCAGAAUAUUUCUGCUAAUUGAUCUGUGUUUAGCCAUUAGCUUGUUCCUCUCUAACUUUGCCAUUAGCCUGUUCCACUUUUAUCUAAGUGUAAUUUUAUACGUAUAUUGUGCACAGACUCCCAGUAAUUGCUUUCUCUGUAAUAUAUCAUUUGUCAAACAGUUUUAAUACAACAUUUUAUUGUAGCUACUCAUAUGUUGUGAUAGAUCUAGACUUAUACACAUGUCAGUAUGUCAUAAAAUUGGACCCGGGAUUAAUCUCUUCCUCGUUUUUGGUUUGCACAGAGUGAAAUGGUGAAGGAGCUGGAUGGUCAUGUACUGAAAUGUGUAAAGGAUCAGAAUGGUAAUCACGUUGUGCAGAAGUGCAUUGAAUGUGUUCAGCCACAGUCACUUCAGUUCAUCAUCGAUGCAUUCAAAGGACAGGUAUGUCAAUCUGCUGUUAAAGCCAUUGUUUCUGUUUGGUUUUAUAGAAUAAUCAUGAUUAUGCAGAUCUGAAUAGGUAAAAACUUCCAUACAAUGGGUACACAUACUGUGAGUGUUCUUUGCCCUUUAGUAUAUUGUACACGGUACCACAAUACUCUGUAGCUGAAAUCUAACGAAAGCUAAAUAUAAAACUCCUUGUUAAAUAAUUUUAAGUUCGUUACUUGUAAGUGUGGGAUAAUUCCUGACAAGGCUGAAUACAGAAAUUGGAAGAUUCAGGGGGUUAGUUUUGGAAUAUAGUGUUGCUAGAUGAUGUACAGUGAUACGCCAAGCUGUAGAUUGUGGAAAAAAUAAUUUCUUGUAUUGACAACUCAGCCAAACCAUUUGAGUAACGAAUAAAUAUAAUUGUUCCCCUCAAGGUUUAUGUACUUUCCACUCAUCCAUACGGCUGCCGAGUAAUCCAGCGUAUUCUUGAACAUUGCACGUCGGAGCAGACCAUGUCCAUUCUGGAGGAAUUACAUCAAACUACAGAACAGUUAGUGCAGGUACAGAUACAAUCUGCUGUUGUCAGUAAAGCUUAGAUGUUUAGUUACUAGCUAGUUGUAGUGAGCUGAAAAUAACAAUAAAAAUAUUUCCAUCUUAAUAAGUCACUUAUUACUUGAAUAGACACCAUAUGUAGAGUCAAGGUUUUGAGAUAUUAUGUGGAACUAUUUUGGCAUUAGAACCAUUUCAGUGCGGUUAUGAUGGGUGCCAGAAUUCCCCCCCGUGUUAUUGCAGUUUGCACAGGGUGUCAAACGAGCACUUUGGCUCUUACCUGGCUCUGUUGGGAAAUCAUAUUCUUUCUAGUCAUAUGACAUGCUCUGCCGGUGAAUUCUUUUAAAAGUUGGACAAAAUGUAUCCAGCUAAUAAGUAUAAACUUCCACCUCUGCACAUAUCUGUUUAGACUGACAGGUAAGUGGUAAAUGUCACUAAAUUACUUACACAGAGCCAGGUAAAUGACAACCAAUCAUAUAUUGACAGCUUACUGUGCAAUACACUCAGACGAUAUCUGGCACCUACCAAAUGUGAGAGAGGCUGAACUUGAUAAACAUGUCUCUUUUCAGCUAUGUAACUAUAACCACUUCAGCAUGGGGGGGGCAGUGGUUAUGAUACAAGGAGUCCCCUGGGCUCUCACAGUUCCGAUAUCACUAAAGCUUGAUUUCUACUUCUGCGUUAGUGCUAUUAAUACCCGCUGUCAAAAUACAGAAGAAAUUGAUCUAUCUAAAGUGGAAUGGAACUUCCACCAGAGCUAUAUCUCAGAAGGGGUCUGGAUCAUGGCCAGUCACAAGACCCAGGUAAGUGUCAAACUGUUCAAAAACAGUUUGACUCUUAACUGUGGGUCUGUGCGUGAGGACCAUAACCAUUACAGCUCAACAUGGUUACAGAGCUUAAACCGUUAGCUUAAUCUUAACUCUUGCAUUAUUCGUCUCCGAAUCGGUUACUUUCCCCCCAUUUUGCAAAUCUUUUGUUGUCUCAGUGUUUAAUAAAUAUAUAUUUUCCUGUCCAGGAUCAGUAUGGGAAUUAUGUUAUACAGCAUGUGUUGGAACAUGGCCGCUCUGAAGACAAGAGCAAAAUAGUGUCUGAGAUAAGAGGGAAGGUCCUGGCUUUAAGUCAGCACAAAUUUGCAAGGUUUGUUAUUCUUUCUUUCAUUCUUGAAGUGACAUUACACUUUUCUCUGUCUUUUUAUAUGGGCUGAGUAUAAUAAUCAGGGAUAAUAUUUUAAACUUUAACUAUACUGGUUAAGAGUAGAAAACUGUAUUUUUUGUAUUGUAUGUAGGAAUGAAAUGUUUCAUUUCAGUGUUCUGCAUCCUGGCAAUCUACAGUCUGCAAUUAUCAGCAUAUUACUUACCGGCAGGGUUUGUAAACUUUGUAAUUUCAUCUUUCAGCCCGGUGUGGGCUUUUUUUUAAAUUUUUGUUAUUAUAAGAUAUGCCAGAAAAGAUGAUAAAAUGUGAAGCAAAAGUUCUUUAAAUAUAUUAUUUACAUGUAGUAUUAGUGAAAGAUGGUCUCUUCCCUUCCUCUUUUAUUUGUUUUAUUUAAUGUAUUUUUGAAUGGUUUAGACAAAUUUCAAUUUGUAACCCUUCUUUACAUAUGUCUGCAGCAAUGUAGUAGAGAAAUGUGUCACUCACUCUUCCCGGGCUGAGAGAGCACUGUUAAUAGAUGAGGUCUGCUGCCAGAAUGACGGUCCUCACAGUGCCUUAUACACCAUGAUGAAAGACCAGUAUGCCAAUUAUGUAGUGCAGAAGAUGAUCGAUAUGGCUGAGCCAGCCCAACGGAAAAUCAUCAUGCAUAAGGUGAUAUAGCAAUCACUGCACACAUUAUUUUCACACGUGGAUUAGAACUAAAAAACUCAUUCUGAACAUGUAGUUCUAUUGCAAUCUCUCCCACUGUCUUUGUUUUUAUUUUUAUCAUACCUUUCUUAACAUUCUGAUUGAAUUGUCUUCUAAACAUGAAUAGUUUUGCUUUUUUUUUUACCCUUCCAUCCCAGCAUGCAGUGUUUUUCUAUUUUGCUCUGAAAAUGCUGCUGCACUUGUCACAAAUGAGGUUUCUUGGAAUUGUAUUUAAGUUAGCAGUGUACAGUAGAAAGCUGACAAGUUAACUCCCAGAAACCCUUAUUGAGGGCUUAAAGCAUUACUUAUAGAAAGUUAAGUAAGCAUUAUGAUUGGCCAAGUCACUUCUUGGUUUAGUAAAGACUUACUGUAGAAGAUGCUCCAUAAUUAAAUUUGCAGCAAAUAAAAUGUGAUGUCCCCCCAUUUUAAUUUGUUUUUGCAUAUAUUUUCAUGCAUGGCAUGAAACGUUAAAACGUUAAAAAAUAAGCCAACUCAGUCUUGGAUUGUCCCUUUAAAAGUCAAAUAGCCUUUGUUUACCUUAUUGGAGUUACAAAACUGGCAAAUUAGAACAAUAGAAUCAAUUCUGUUAAGUCACAGGAAAAAACAGUUACUUCGUUAUUGAAUUCUGAUACGCUUUUACUUGCUUACUUCUCUAGAUCCGACCACAUAUCACAACUUUACGUAAAUACACGUAUGGGAAACACAUUUUAGCCAAGCUGGAGAAAUACUACAUCAAGAGUGCUGACAUUGGACCUAUGGUGGGAUCAUCGAAUGGAAUGAUCUAGGGAAAAGAAGCGCACACCUCGAAUAUCUCCAAACAUGUACCAGGAGACAGAGAUGUCCAUUCAGUUUUGUUAUUUAAUCAACUACACAUGAAAUCCCUUUUAUUUAUUGCAGACCCACUUUGAAAUAUUCUUCUGGGCUUUUUGGCCUUGUUACCAAUUCCAUUUCUCCGGCUCUGGUGGAAGACCAACCCAUCAGUCUAGUUAGCAUAAAAUGAGAGCCUGUAAAUGAUGUAAUUGUAUCAAGCUGUCACAUAUUUUGUAAAUUUAUACCUUGUAAAAUUUCUGUAAAAAGUGGUAGUUUUUAAAGGGAAAGUUCAGUAUUUUAAUAUGCCAGUUAGAUGUUUGGGUUGGUCUUUCACAAGUAUGGCAUGGGAGGAUUACUGAAUUGUAUAUAGUUGUUUUUUCCCCCCAACCCUGCCUUGAAGCUUUUUACUUUUUUCUUAAUCUUUUAAUCUUUGCGGACGAUGUUUUCUGCUUUUCUGUUGAAAUUGAAGCCAAAUAUUUAAACUAGAGGUUCCUGAGCACCACAUCUAUUUAUAUGCAGAUUGGUCACUUGUGCUCAGCCUAGGGCAGAGAUGGAAUUUCCUUAGCACUGCAGGAAUUUGUCGUAAUAAGACAGAACCAUGUUUGAUCUGCAGGUUUAUGACUUGCCAUCGCUAUUCUAGAAUAUUUUUUGGAAUUUGAGUCAAUUAAUAACUAAAGAGAUAUUUGUAAAACAAAACAAGAAAAGGUUGAAUGUAUUUUGUUUUCCCCCUUAAAAGAAAAGGCAGUUGACUUGCUGUCAUCUGGUUUUGAAGCAAAGUAGUUUAAUUAAAAAAUAGUGCAAGCGUGGAUCAAUUCAGCGUACCUUCUUUCUGCACUUGUUUAAGAGUGAGAUGGCUCGUAUUGACCAUCUCUCAUUGUUUAAUGGCUUGUUUAUUUAAAAAUUUAGUUCUGAUUACUCUGUCAGCUAUUUCAUCGCCACCUCAGGUUGUUAGAAUGAGAAAAUGAUAUAAAACAAUGCAGCCAUAAGCCCGUGUUUCCAGAUGCCAUCACAUUUUGCAAAUCGCUGCAGCAUUUACUUAGCAGACUUUACACUGGAGACUUUAGAAUUCCCAGAAGAGCAUUGUAUGCAUUGCAAUGUUUGUGUGCUCUAUUCUCUGGGAUUUAAGGGGUUAUUUCCCACAGCUUUUAUUUCAGUACUGCACAUAAGUAUUUUUUUUUCUUUCUUAUACAAUGGUGUGACUUUUUCAGUAGCAACAUAGCGAUUCUUUUGCGGUCUUAUAAUUAGCCAGUAAGAAGUAGUUUAGAGGCAAAGAGACAAUUGGUAGCUUGCCAUUUACGCAUGAUAAAAAAAAGAAAAAUAUACAAAUAGGAUUUAUAUUAAUUUUCCUUUCCCCCCCUAUUUCUUUAUAUAAAUAUAUCCUUUUUGUUGUAUAAGUGUAACUAAUAAAUAGUUGUACGUUUACAGUUUUGAUGUUUAUUACAAGCCUUGCUCAUUUUGUAGUGAACGCUCUGCUUUUUUUGGUUGUACAGAUGUACAUUUGUAAACCUUUACGCUGUAAAUGUAAUUUCUUUUACCUCUUCUUACGGGGGGGUGGGUGCACACAAUUUGCAUUUUAGUGUACAUUAAGGUCUCUCAAUUGCCUUGGCAAAUAGUGUUGUAUAAUGUAAAUUCCUCUCUGAAUCAAGAACUUUUUUUUUUCUCUCUCUUUUUAAAACCCAGUCUUUAUACAGCUUGAAAAUAAAUCUAUAUAUACUAGCUUUGUAUUUACCUACUGCUGGAAAUUAUUAGUUAAUGUUUAUACCACAGCUGUCUAAAUUGUUAAUAGUAAUGAUCAACACCGUACAUUUUGCAUAGUAAAAUAAAAAUCUGAUUUGAGAAGGCUAUAAUAUAUGUAUGUAUAUGUAUGUGUAUAUGUUUCUUUUUUUUUUUUUUUUUUAAAUAGCCUACUCAAAUACAAAAGAAAAUAUGUAUGAUACUGUCAGUUUUGGUGAACAUAAGACAUUGUAACAAUAGCCUAAUGACGAUGUAAGUUUACAAGCGGCCUUAUGUACAUUUCCCAAUCUUUUUAAAGGCAAAAUUGUGACCAUGUGUAUAAUUAAAAUACUUUUUAAUCACUUUCACUUGUAGAAAUUUUCUUUGGUGCAUAUAUUUUUUUAUAUAUGUGUGUGUGUAUAUAUAUAUAUAUAUAUUUUAUUUUAUUUUUUCUGUUCUAAUCAUUUUUGGUCCUCAAAAAUGUGACAUGAAUUGUCCAGGAUUAAAUGCUUCCUUGUAUGAAGGAAAUCUUUUUAUGGCGAAUUAUGUAUUUUCUUACAAAACAUAGUAGAUGAAACAGUUUGGCUCAAGUGCCAUAGGGUGACUAACUAUGCCAGCCUUAGACUGAUCUAUAAAUGCGUGUUAUUUUAUUUCUUUUUCUCUCCUCUUUUUCUUUUUUCUGAUCUGAAAUGUAUUCUAAAUAUCCUUUCUUUUGGCGUCCAAUAAAAACCUAUUCUGUCAAACUAUAAAACGUUAAUAAUAAUAAAAAAUAAAAAAUUAAAAAGAGAGCGCAUGUAUUACAAAGUAGAAAACCUAUGUAAUAAUCUAUAUAUAUUUAAAAUAAAACUAUAAAAAAUAGUACCCAAUGUACUCAAACAGUAAUAGCUGCUAAAACAAAAAGAAUAUUCCCAAUUCCAAGAAACAAAUGUAAAUAAAAAUUUCAGCGCUGAGUAGAUAAUCCCCUUAGAAAUAAAAAAGGUGCAUACAUAUGCAAAAAAAGAAAAAAUCAGGCAGAGAAAAGUGUCCAAAAUAUAUAGUUCUGUAACAAAGUCCUAUAGUGAGAAAGUCCAGAUAACGUUGUGAUAUGUAGAAACUCAAAAGCAUGUAGGAAUACCUUGGGAAAAAAGAAACAAAAAAAGAUACAUAGCGUGAUACUGUAUCAAAAUUUAUUGCCCAGAAUACAAAUGGAAAAAAUCCCCCCCAACUUCAAAACUCUUACAUUAGAUAAAAUUUAGUACUCAUCAUAGUAGAAGUAGCUGGUAAAGUUCUUUCAGAGCCGCUCGUGUUUUUCCCCCGGGGCAGCUCCUCUCCGGUGCACUCAGGAGGGCUGCUUGUGAUGUCUUCUAUGGAGGAACGCUAACUGAAAGUCCGGCUUCUGUAGAUAACUAAAAGUGUCUACCGCAGAUAAAUCUUGCAGAUAGACAGUAGUGGCACCCUAUCAACGCGUUUCGCCCUGCUAACGAGGGCUUUUUCAAGAUAGGUGCUCGGAGCAUUAUUCGGCAGUUUUAUACUUGCCGGGUAAAACAAAUUCAAAUCUCUUAAGGGUAUAUACCCCUCUUAAAACACAUGUAAAAAGAAAAACAUAUAAAAAAAGCUGCAAUUUGUAUAAACAAGAACAGAAUACUUCCCAACAAUAGAUAUAAAAUACUGCACAUAAAACACAAUUAUAAACUACUAAAAAAAUAAUAAUAAAUUUAUACACAGAUCCAAAACAUAAAACAGUCACUAUAACAGUGAUUGCUAUAUACAUGUUUAUACAUCUCACUCCUGAAUAUCAAUUUCCUAACUCUUAUAAUAUCAUGGGUAUUACUUAUACUCAACAACAAUUUUUUUUGGUAUGGCAGCGAGAUAUAUCUUCAAACCAACGGUACCGCUAUGGGGACCAGGUUCGCUCCCAGUUACGCCAAUAUUUUUAUGGCUCACUGGGAAAAUCAGUUUGUUUGGCAGGGACACCAGUGGGGAGCGAACCUGGUCUUCUAUAGACGGUACAUCGAUGACUGCUUUUUUGUGUGGAAGGGGAAAGAGGCAGAUCUCAUUGAAUUUUUAGCAUACAUUAAUACCAAUACAUAUAAUCUAUCAUUUACAUACAAGUACAGUUCCACGGAGAUAGAUUUCUUAGAUUUGGUUCUUUAUAUUGAUCCAUAUUGUACCUUGAAGUCUAAGACUUUUUUCAAAAGUGUAGACGUUAAUAGUUACAUUUGGACCUCGAGUUGCCAUUAUCCAUCGUGGCUAUCGAGUAUCCCAUUUGGUCAAUUUUUAAGGGUUAAAAAAAAUUGCACAGAUCCAGAGGUGUAUGAACUACAAUCACAAAAGGUCAAACAACAAUUUAUGGAAAAGGAUUACAAUGAGAAAACACUGGAGAUAGCUCUCCAGAAAGUGAAAAAUAUAGAACGAGCAACCCUGUUACAAACCAAACAAGAGAAAGUUAAAACAGAUAAAGACAUAGAAAAUUUGUGUCCUCUGGUGUUCAACUAUAGCACACAAGCAAAUUGCAUAAAAACAAGCAUACAAAAACAUUGGCAUUUGCUUCGGCAGGAUCCGGCUUUAGCUACACUUUUACCUAUACAACCAACGGUAAUUUUUAGGGGGGCUCCCACUCUGCAAGACAGGCUGGUACAUAGUUAUAAUAAGCCUAUAGGACCCAACCAUUUUUUGACUGGCCAAAAAGGAUUCUAUAAAUGUGGAAAUUGCAAUAUAUGCAAGUUAAGCUCUAGAGGGAAAAAUUAUUCCACCUUUCAGUCCUCGAUUACAAAAGAAAUGUUUAACAUUAAGAGUUGUAUCACAUGUAAUACCAAACAAGUUAUCUACAAGUUGGAGUGCCCUUGUGGCCUCCAAUACGUGGGUCAAACUAAAAGAACACUUAAGAUUAGACUUAGAGAGCACGUUUACAACAUUAAAAGGGGCUUUGAGAAACAUUCCCUCUCCAAUCACUUCAGAACACACCAUAAUGGAGAUCCUACACUUCUCUCAUAUUGUGGUAUAGAAAGGGUAGAAGUACCAUGGAGAGGAGGUGAGUUGAGCAAAUCCUUAACAUACCGGGAGAUGUUUUGGAUCUAUACACUUAAGACCCUGAUCCCCUCGGGUCUUAAUGCAGAGCUGGAACUAGCUAAUAUAUUAUAGCAUGGGAUCAGCAUUAAUAUCGGCCCAUGCUGUAAAUCAUAUAUACAAUAUUUAGUUAAUUGCCCUAUUUUUUAGUGUCCAGAGUAAGGUAGUAAUUUAUAUGCCCAAAUGGUUGGGAAUCCUAGACCUAUAUUGUUCUAUUGCUAUAAGUACUGAUAUUAUUAAGAAUUCUAUAUAUAUAUAUUUUAUAGAGAAUUAUAUAAUUUUUGAUUGAUAUGUUAGGAGUUCCUAUAAUAUAGAAACAUAUACUAUUAUGAGAUGCCUUAUCUUGUUUUUACUGUAUUAGACAUAGCUUAUUAUGCCAUAAGUCUAUAUCAGUUAGCACAUUCUUCUCUUUACAGUUCUAGAGAUACUAUCUGCUAUUAGGUUUCUAACUAGAUGAAAAUUACUGAUAAAUUUAUAUAUUCUGUGGUCAACUGUGAAGAAUGUAAUUAUUAUUAUUUACACAUCAUGAUCAAGUAAUACCCAUGAUAUUAUAAGAGUUAGGAAAUUGAUAUUCAGGAGUGAGAUGUAUAAACAUGUAUAUAGCAAUCACUGUUAUAGUGACUGUUUUAUGUUUUGGAUCUGUGUAUAAAUUUAUUAUUAUUUUUUUAGUAGUUUAUAAUUGUGUUUUAUGUGCAGUAUUUUAUAUCUAUUGUUGGGAAGUAUUCUGUUCUUGUUUAUACAAAUUGCAGCUUUUUUUAUAUGUUUUUCUUUUUACAUGUGUUUUAAGAGGGGUAUAUACCCUUAAGAGAUUUGAAUUUGUUUUACCCGGCAAGUAUAAAACUGCCGAAUAAUGCUCCGAGCACCUAUCUUGAAAAAGCCCUCGUUAGCAGGGCGAAACGCGUUGAUAGGGUGCCACUACUGUCUAUCUGCAAGAUUUAUCUGCGGUAGACACUUUUAGUUAUCUACAGAAGCCGGACUUUCAGUUAGCGUUCCUCCAUAGAAGACAUCACAAGCAGCCCUCCUGAGUGCACCGGAGAGGAGCUGCCCCGGGGGAAAAACACGAGCGGCUCUGAAAGAACUUUACCAGCUACUUCUACUAUGAUGAGUACUAAAUUUUAUCUAAUGUAAGAGUUUUGAAGUUGGGGGGGAUUUUUUCCAUUUGUAUUCUGGGCAAUAAAUUUUGAUACAGUAUCACGCUAUGUAUCUUUUUUUGUUUCUUUUUUCCCAAGGUAUUCCUACAUGCUUUUGAGUUUCUACAUAUCACAACGUUAUCUGGACUUUCUCACUAUAGGACUUUGUUACAGAACUAUAUAUUUUGGACACUUUUCUCUGCCUGAUUUUUUCUUUUUUUGCAUAUGUAUGCACCUUUUUUAUUUCUAAGGGGAUUAUCUACUCAGCGCUGAAAUUUUUAUUUACGUUAAUAAUAAUAAUACAACUUCCAAUAUUGUAAAAUAAUCUACUUAAAACCACACAGUUGCUAAAUUAAGAUUACAUCUCAAGAUUUACACUGUAAAGCUUUGCAGUGUUGGGUUAAACAAGCCCAGUUCUUCUGAAUUUUACCAAGGGUCUGGUGCCCUUGUUUUGGAAGGAAGAGAGAGCUCCACUGAUGGAACUUUGGUUCCAACAAAUGGAAGAACUUCACUCCAUGGAAGACCUGAUAUUCCGUAGCAGUGAGAGGUCCCAAACUUACCUGAUAUGGACUCAGUGGCUUCUGUCAACAGACUCUGCUGAAUUCAAGACGCUAUUGCAAUAAAACACUUAUGACGCCACCUGUAGUGAAAGAGAGAUGCGAUAGACUGAACAGCAAAACUCACGAAGAACUCACGGAAGUAAUGGGAGGGGGAUAUAGAGAGGUGAGAGACGGGAGACCCUGAGACACAAUGCUAUGAUGCAGCCCCCUUUUCAUAUCUGAAAAUACUAAGCACCCUCAAACACCCCACCCCCUGCUCGCACCCUUUUUUUUCUUUUCCUUACUUACCCUCCCUUUUUCCUGUUGUUUAAAUACUCGUCACCCCCUUGGACCUACGUGCAGGGGAGACCCUUUUAAGGCCGUGCUUCUUUGUAGCUGCCACGGGUGACUAAGUCAGUGUCCCUCCCUCACACAGAGAAAGACACAAGCUGACACCAGACGGACAAUCGUACAACUGAUCACCAGGGCAACAACCUAGCAUAAGCAUGGUUAAUGAAACGCUGUACUUCUGAUGUCAUACAGUAAUUGCAAUAUUUCCCUGUGACGUAAAUAACAUGCUUGUAACUAACUCCAUAAAAAUUUAAACCUGCGCGUCUCACAUGCUGCUUAGAUGUUCACGGAACCUGCGAGUUCCACAGUUUCACAUUUAUCUGAUACAGAACUGCGUGUCUUGUACUACUCUGUUAUAUGUUGUAUUCGACCCCCAAAAAAAGAGAGAAUUUAAAAUGACAGUAGGUUCUCUUGUUGAAAUAAACAGAUAAUCACAACAACAACAAAAAAACAUCCCCAGUUCACACUCCAUGAACGAUAUGCUCCUGAUUGGCUGGGAUUAAAGGAACAAGGGAGAUUGCAUGACUUCAGAGACAGGUUUGAAACUGUUAAACUAUUCAAAGUAAAAAAUACACAAACCAGCAGUUAAUGUAUGAAGUAAAUAAUCAGAAACAACUCUUGGUAUGAUCAGAUCUUUCCUGCAUGAAUUUAUAAGCUGCAACAAUAUCACUGCAAACGAGUGGUCCGAGAAGCAUCAAAUGACAUGCACGGCCAAGGCCCCCACUGGACUUGUGUUGCGUGAGAGUCAACACCGUGACAGUAAAGUGAGGUUGAAAAAAGUUGAGUACAGGCAUAGUUGACAAAGGCAAUGGAGCUUCAGGUUAUACAUAAGGAAAAAUAGAAAAAAAACAUUUUGCUGCACAUGCGCCUUAGCUUCUCAAUUCUUUUCUAUGGAAAAGCAUUGGGUUGGCCAAGACCAUCACAAUUGAUGAUCUCCAUGAAGUAGGUGUGACCAGCAGAGGAGAAAGCUACAUGGCAUGGGAGGAAAGUAAGUUAACUCUUGUUUAAACCUUGCUUAGUAAUCCUGAACUUAAAAGGAGUGAGCUCCAUGCUCGAUGUGAGAACGUUCAAAAUGGAAUCCGUACAGACCAUCUUGAAAAGCAUCAAAAGAGGGGACUGGAUGACUUCUAUAGACUUGAGGGACGCCUACUACCAAAUCCCUAUGAACUGCGAUCAUGUAAAAAUUUCUCAGAUUCUGGGCUCUAGGUAGACACUUUCAAUUCUGGGGCCUCCCGUUUGGCCUCAGCUUGGCACCAAGAACGUUCUCAAAAGUUCUUGUCACUUUUAAUAGCCUUCAUAAGAGUAUGAGGUAUCGAAAUCUUCCAUUACUUGGACGAUAUCCUCAUCAUAGGUCCAUCCCAAAGGAUAGUGGCUCAUCAUACUCUAGUGACAAUGAACAUUCUUCAAAAUCAUGGUUGGCUUAUGAACGGAGAGAAGAGCUCCCUAAAUCCUUCUCAAAAAAAUAAUAUUCCUUGGAGAAGUGAUAGACACGAUCUCAGCACGUGUUCCUCUCUCCAGAUAGGGCCCUAAAAAUCCAAGAUAAAAUCGUAAAACUACAAUAUAUGUCAAAACAGCCUCUGCGAGAGAAAUCGUGAGUCUCAAAGGUUCUUUGAUAUCAACAGUUGGGCUGGUAAAAUGGGCCCAAUGGAAGUUUCGUCCUAUUCAGAAUUGCUUCCUUCUUCAAUUCGACAGAGUAGAAACAGAUUGGGAGCAAAGGAUAAUUCUGCCCCUGCCGGUAAGAAAAGGGUUGAAUUGGUGGAGGAGCAAGAAGAAUUUGGCGAAAGGCUUCCAGUUAGAGGAACCACCUUUGAACGUUAUUCCAACAGAUGCAAGUUCUUUUGGAUGGGGUGCCCACUUUAAUUCCACAUGGAAACAAGGAAAGUGGACCCGAGAAGAGAGUCGUCUACACUCAAAUUUAAGGGAGCUAAGGGCCAUUUCCAGAGCCAUCUUGGAAUUCCUUCUGAUGACUGAAAAAUCUUGGGUCCUGAUCAAAACAGACAACCGAGUGGUUGCCUGCUAUGUGAACAACCAAGGAGGCACAAGAAGCAGAUUGCUCUUGAAGGAACUAGCUCCCUUGAUUAAAGUGGCCAUGAACAGUCUCCAAGGUCUGAAGGCAAUCUAUCUUCCAGGUUCAGAGAGUGUUACUGCAGACUUCCUCAGCAGAAAUUAGAUUAUUCUUCCAGGAGAAUGGAGGCUUCACCCAGCAGUCUUUUCAUGGAUUGCCCAUCAGUGGGGCAUACCCCAGAUCAACUUGAUGGCGACUUACCAGAAUUGUCAGGUAGAGAAUUUCUACUCUCUCCGUCCAAACAAUCCCUUUCUUGGUCGUUCGAUCUAGAGUAUGCGUUCCUUCCCCUACCCAUGAUUCCCAGAUGCCUGUGGAAAGUUUGGACGGAAGGCAAAAAAGUAAUUGCCAUAAUCCCAAUCUGGACUCGAAGGCCAUUGUUUCCUAUCUUAACCAUGAGGAGUCAGGAACGGCCUUUGCUUCUUCCGAUAAUGAAGGAUCUGCUGACUCAGGGCCGACUGCUGACUCAAUCUCCCAUCUUCAUCCAAAACACCUCAAGUUGGGGGUGUGGGUUUUGAAAAGGGAAGACUUCAACAAUUAGGCCUUUCGGAAGAAGUGGCCAAUACCCUUUUGUAGUCUAGGAAGGGUUCUACUUCCUCAUGCUACCAUAGAAUCUGGGAUAUAUUCAGAGAAUGGGCAUCGGCCAAGAACAUUGACUUCUUGCAACCUCGCAAUACUGAGAUCCUGGAUUUCCUCCAAGGAGGUCUAGACAAAGGCCUUAGCCUCAGCACUCUUAGAGUUGAGUCCUCGGCUCUUUCAGCAUUAUGCAAUAUCUUAUGGGCUUCGGAUCCUUUGAUCUCAAGAUACUUCAAGGCAGCUUUCAGGUUGACACCUCCUUCCAGAUCCGGUACCCUUCCUUGGGACCUUCCUCUUGUUCUCAGCUAUCUAACUGAUGAUCUGUUCAUUCCCCUUGAAAAUUUGCAUGCUACCCUUCUGACUUACAAGACUUUGUUUUUGGUGGCUAUUACUUCCGCAAGAAAAAUUUCAGAGAUUAAAGCCUUUUCUACCAUGUCUUCCUGCCAACAGAUCUAUCAGGAUAGGGUGUGUCUGAGACCAAAACCUGAGUUUCUUCCUAAGGUGAUCUCUCAGUUUCAACCCUCUCAAGAAGUGGUCCUUCCAUCAUUCUAUCCCAAUCCAACUUCUAGUGAAGACGUUAGGUGGCAAAGUUUGGAUGUUAAGAACUAUCUGUCUCAAUACCUUUUUCAUUCUAAGUCAUACAGAAAGACUGACCAACUCUUCGUUCUACCUUCAGGAGCUAGGAGAGGUGAGGCAGCAUCUUUUAUCUACGUUGAAAUGUUGGAUUUUGCUAAAAUAAUCAGGAUAGCAUCUGUCUCUAAAGGUCAGUCUCCUCCAAUAAAGAUAAGAACACAUUCUACCAGAGCAUUGUCGACUUCAUGGGCUAAUUGGGCAGAGGUUCCAUAUGAUCUUUGCAGAGCAGCCUCCCCAAUGACAUUCAUAAAAAGUUACAAACUGGACGUGGCCUCUCCUUCCACCUCCUUUGGAAAGAGUGUUCUGUCUAUGGUUUCUUUAUCCCACUUUGCGGCAUGGGUGUCUGUAUAGUGUUUUUUUCUCGGUUUCUUUAUUCCCACCCUAUAUUUCUGUGAGCUUGGGUAUUCCCCAUAAGUGAUGCUGCCACGAUUAGCCAGGAAUAGAGAAAAUUUAUGACAAACUUACCAUAAUUUUCUUUUCCCUGCUAUUUCCCAUGGCAGCAUCAGGGAUUGCCAUUCUUUUAUUUUUUCAUCUUUAUAAUUGGACUGUGUUGUAAGGGGAGGACUCUUUAUACCUAUCAGUCUUAUUAAUUCCUGCUCUGUGACUGCUAAGGGAGGAGCUACCCAUAAGUGAUGCUGCCAUGAGAAAUAGCCAGGAAAAUAAAAUUAUGGUAAGUUUGUCAUAAAUUUUCUCUAUUUGUAUUCAGUAAUGUCUCACGAGCACCACAGUAACCCCCAUGUACAGGUUUUAUGAGUUUUUAGAAACUUAGAGGCCAAAUAUAGGGCUUUCCAAUUAUCCAUUAAAAUUUGCCAGUUUGGUUUGCUGGGCCUUUGAUGUUGCCUUUGAGACCGUAUGGUAGCCCAAAAAUGAAAAUUAACCCCACCAUGGUAUACCAUUUUAAAAAAGUAGACAAACCAGGGUAUUCAAAAUGGGGUAUGUCAAGUGGUUUUUAAUAGCAUUCAUAUUUGUUUUUUGCAUUUUUACACUUAAUGGUGAUAUCAUCGUCGUGAUAAGUUUUACUGUUUUAUAACACAUAUUUGUGUUCAGAGAAGUCUCCAAAGUACAAUAGAACCCCCUGUGUCCAGGUUUUAUGGUGUUUUGGAAAGUUAGGACUUGCAAACUAAAUUCUCUGGACUUGCUGCCUGGGUUGUCAUGCUGGUCUCUCAAAUUAUAAUUAAAGGGACACUCCAGGCACCCAGACCACAUCUGCCCAUUGGAGUGGUGUGGGUGCCAACUCCCACUACCCUUAACCCUGCAACUGUAAUUACUGCAGUUUUCAUAAACUGCAAUAAUUACCUUGCAGGGUUAACUCCUCCUCUAGUGGCUGUCUACUAGACAGCCACUAGAGGGCGCUUCAUAGCACAGGUUUUCUGUGCUAGAGCGUCGCUGGAUGUCCUCAAGCUGUGUGAGGACCUCCAGCGUCGCUCAAUUCCCCAUAGGAAAGCAUUGAAAAGCAUUUAAAAUGCUUUCCUAUGGAGAGCUGUAAUGCGCAUGUGCGGCAUUGUCGCGCAUGCGUAUUAGGUCUCCUCAGCCGGCGGGCGGGAUCAGUUUCCCCUGCCGGCUGACGUGAUGAAGGGGAGGAGCGGCGGCGACCCGAAACCACCGCCGAGGGACAUCGGCGGGGGUCUUAGGUAAGUCAAUGAAGGUGUUUUCACCUCUUCAGCAACCGGGGAUGGGUGGUGGGAGGGAGAGGGGACCUGCAGUGCCAGGAAAUGGAUUGUUUUCCUGGCACUGGAGAGUCCCUUUAAUAAAAUGGCUUAAUUAAGUUAAAAGAUUACAUAAAUAUACACGUAGAAUUUAAAUAUAUAUACAAUCCUACGUGUAUGUUUAUGUAAUUAUACAGGGAGUGCAGAAUUAUUAGGCAAAUGAGUAUUCUGACCACAUGCACAUCACUCUUUAUGCAUGUUGUCUUACUCCAAGCUGUAUAGGCUCGAAAGCCUACUACCAAUUAAGCAUAUUAGGUGAUGUGCAUCUCUGUAAUGAGAAGGGGUGUGGUCUAAUGACAUCAACACCCUAUAUCAGGUGUGCAUAAUUAUUAGGCAACUUCCUUUCCUUUGGCAAAAUGGGUCAAAAGAAGGACCUGACAGGCUCAGAAAAGUCAAAAAUAGUGAGAUAUCUUGCAGAGGGAUGCAGCACUCUCAAAAUUGCAAAGCUUCUGAAGCGUGAUCAUCGAACAAUCAAGCGUUUCAUUCAAAAUAGUCAACAGGGUCGCAAGAAGCGUGUGGAAAAACCAAGGCGCAAAAUAACUGCCCAUGAACUGAGAAAAGUCAAGCGUGCAGCUGCCACGAUGCCACGAUGCCACUUGCCACCAGUUUGGCCAUAUUUCAGAGCUGCAACAUCACUGGAGUGCCUAAAAGCACAAGGUGUGCAAUACUCAGAGACAUGGCCAAGGUAAGAAAGGCUGAAAGACGACCACCACUGAACAAGACACACAAGCUGAAACGUCAAGACUGGGCCAAGAAAUAUCUCAAGACUGAUUUUUCUAAGGUUUUAUGGACUGAUGAAAUGAGAGUGAGUCUUGAUGGGCCAGAUGGAUGGGCCCGUGGCUGGAUUGGUAAAGGGCAGAGAGCUCCAGUCCCACUCAGACGCCAGCAAGGUGGAGGUGGAGUACUGGUUUGGGCUGGUAUCAUCAAAGAUGAGCUUGUGGGGCCUUUUCGGGUUGAGGAUGGAGUCAAGCUCAACUCCCAGUCCUACUGCCAGUUCCUGGAAGACACCUUCUUCAAGCAGUGGUACAGGAAGAAGUCUGCAUCCUUCAAGAAAACAUGAUUUUCAUGCAGGACAAUGCUCCAUCACACGCGUCCAAGUACUCCACAGCGUGGCUGGCAAGAAAGGGUAUAAAAGAAGAAAAUCUAAUGACAUGGCCUCCUUGUUCACCUGAUCUGAACCCCAUUGAGAACCUGUGGUCCAUCAUCAAAUGUGAGAUUUACAAGGAGGGAAAACAGUACACCUCUCUGAACAGUGUCUGGGAGGCUGUGGUUGCUGCUGCACGCAAUGUUGAUGGUGAACAGAUCAAAACACUGAGAGAAUCCAUGGAUGGCAGGCUUUUGAGUGUCCUUGCAAAGAAAGGUGGCUAUAUUGGUCACUGAUUUGUUUUUGUUUUGUUUUUGAAUGUCAGAAAUGUAUAUUUGUGAAUGUUGAGAUGUUAUAUUGGUUUCACUGGUAAUAAUAAAUAAUUGAAAUGGGUAUAUAUUUGUUUUUUGUUAAGUUGCCUAAUAAUUAUGCACAGUAAUAGUCACCUGCACACACAGAUAUCCCCCUAACAUAGCUAAAACUAAAAACAAACUAAAAACUACUUUCAAAAAUAUUCAGCUUUGAUAUUAAUGAGUUUUUUGGGUUCAUUGAGAACAUGGUUGUUUUUCAAUAAUAAAAUUAAUCCUCAAAAAUACAACUUGCCUAAUAAUUCUGCACUCCCUGUAUCUAUUUAUAUGUAUAUUUUAUUUAUUUUUUAUAUAUAUAUAUAUAUAUAUAUAUAUAUAUAAAUUCAUACUAAGUGUAUUUUGAUAACUAUAUAUGUAUAUAUAAUAUAUACAACUAUUGUAUGUAUAUAAUAUAUGUAACUCCAUAAUAACUGUAUUUUAAUAUUGAUAAAUAUAUAGCUAUCAAAAUAAAAAUACUUUAGUUAUUAUGAGUUAUAUAUAUAAUUUGUGAUUUCUGUGGAAAAUCAAGUCUUAUGGCUUGGCUGGUGUGCAGAUUUUUGUUUAGCAUUGUAUUAACUAUCCACAGACUUCAGGUGGAAGGGGUUUUCAAUCACAAUUUUUCCCCACCAUAACCUUUUUGGUUAUAUAUAUAUAUAUAUAUUCUUUUUACCCUGAUUGCUUUAACUUUUUUUAAUCUUUUCUGACCAGCAGGGGGACUGCCUGUCAGUUUAGACCAGGCUUCCCCAAACUCUGGCCCUCCAAAUGUUGCUGAACUACAACUCCCAUGAUUUUCAGCCUCUUUCAUUCAUAGAAUCAUGGGAGUUGUAGUUCAGCAACAUCUGGAAGGCCGGAGUUUGUUUUUUUUGCUAUUGCCUUCCAUGUGAACGAUCACAUGGUCCCUGGGGGCCUAAAUUUCCAAGGGGGAACUGCCUGACAGAAGCGGAUCGUGGCAGAGGUGAGUAGACAGCGGCCGCUGGGGCUUUUUAAAAUGCCCAUAAGAAAGAUUGGCGUCUAGCAAUAUGCCUAGAUAUUUGAAAGAACGGACUGCAGUCAGGGUGCCAUUUGAUUUUGUUCUGAUGCGUAUAUGGGAAUUUAGUAAUUUCUAUCAUUUAGGAACUGUUCCAAAGAUCAUUGUGACAUCUUGUCAGUGUUUAGGAAAAGUUUCUUAUAUGCAAUUUGUUUCUCUACAUCUGUGAACAGAUCUUGGAGCACAACCUCAAGCUGCAGUAGAUUUGAUUUGCUAACGUAGGUUUUUAAGUUUUUGCAAUAGAAUGUAAUGUUCUACUGUGUCAAAGGCCAUCAGUGAAAAUAGCUCCAGUUAGGUCUCCUUGUUCCAUGCCGGUUUGGAUGUCAUUGCAAUAUUUUAAGAGGGCAGUUGAGUGAUUUGGACGAAAGUAUCAUUGAUAUGGGGUUAGAUAGUUUGAAUGUUGAUUUGCCUCCAAGAUCCUCGAGAGAGUUGUGUACACCAGACUGACUGACUUUCUCGAAACCAACUCUCUGUUUGACCCCCUUCAAUCUGGAUUCCGCACUGGUCAUUCUGUCGAAACAGCUGUGACCAAAGUAUCCAACGAUUUAAUUGCUGCUAAAUCUCGCGGCCAUUACUCUAUCCUAAUUUUCCUUGAUCUCUCUGCUGCCAUUUAUACUGUUGAUUAUCAACAGCUUAUUCACAUUCUCCGUAAUUUUAGUCUACGGGAUACUGCUCUCUCCUGGUGCUCCUCCUACCUCUCCCAGCGCUCUUUCAGUGUUUCUUUCUCUGACUCUGGCUUCUCCCCCCAACCACUCUCUGUCGGCUUCCCCCAAGGUUCUGUCCUUGGUCCCCUACUGUUCUCCAUCUACACUGCCUCCCAUGGUAAACUCAUCAGCUCGUUUGGCUUCCAUUAUCAUUUCUAUGUUGAUGACAUGCAAAUUUACCUGUCCUCUCCUGAUCUCUCUCCUCCCAUCUUGACUCGUGUCUCUGACUGCCUCUCUUCAAUUUCCAAAUAGAUGGCUGCUCACUUCCUUAAACUCAACCUGUCCAAAACAGAACUUCUGGUCUUUCCUCCCUGAAGUGUUACUACUCCCGUGUCUGUCUCCCUCCAAGUCAACGGUGCUACCAUCACCUCUACCUCUCAGGCCCGCUGCCUGGGUGUUCUUUUUGACUCCAACCUCUCCUUCACCCCUCACAUCCAAUCAAUCGCCAAAUCCUGUCGCUUCCAUCUGAAAAACAUAGUGCGCAUCCGCCCCUAUCUAACCCCGGAUGCGGCUAAGGUGCUGGUCCAUGCUCUUGUUCUCGCCUGGACUACUGCAAUACUCUUCUCAGUGGUCUUACGUGUUCCCAGAUUGCACCGUUGCAAUCUAUAAUGAAUGCAGCGGCAAGGCUCAUUUUCCUUUCCGCUCGCACCUCCCACACCUCUCCGCUCUGUCGGUUGCAUUGGCUCCCGGUUACAUAUAGGGCUCAAUUUAAAAUUCUGGUGCUUGCUUACAAGUCCCUACAUAAUGCUGCUCCAACCUACCAAUCCUCCCUAACACACAAGUAUGUCCCGUUGAGGCCCCUGCCAAAGACCUACGUAUAUCCUCUGUCCAUACUCCCACCUCUAACGCUCGCCUCCAAGACUUUUCCAGGGCUGCACCUCUUCUGUGGAACUCCCUUCCCUCCGCCAUAAGAAUUUCACCCAGUCUCCACUCAUUCAAAAAAUCAUUGAAAACUCACUUCUUCAAGAAAGCAUAUCAAUUAAACUGUUAGCAGGUUUUUAUCCUCCACCCUCCAUGACUCCUCUCCUGCAACUGUCAAAAAAUACCCACUAAGCCCUCCGCUUAUAUUUUUCUAACAACUUACUUCAUACCCCUUCUAUUACCCUUUGUGUCACUAUACCCCAUUCCCUCUAGCAUGUAAGAUCAUUGAGCAGGGCCCUCAACCCCUCUGUUCCUGCACGUCGAGUUGUCUGGUUACAAUUAAAUGUCCGUUAGUCCACCCUUUGUGGCACUAUAUAAAUAAUAAAAUAAUAAUACUCACAAAGUUGCGUGUGAAUGCAUGUUCCCAAGAUUUUUCACAAUACGGGGAGCAAUGAUAUUGAAUGAUAGAUACCACAUUAUUGUCACCACUUUUAUGGAUAGGUAUUACUCUAGCAGUCUUCCAAAGUUUGGGUAUGUAUCCAGGUACCAAGGAUUCAUUGAUUAGGAUUACAACAGUUUUACCAAUUGCUAACACACUGAGCUUCAGCAACAUUGCUGUGCUUUUAUAAGGGUCACACUGGUUUUUCAUUUCUAGAUUAUUAAGGUGUUUAAUUAAUGAAACAAACGGGUAAAGGUCUGAUUUGAAUUUAUGUACAAGGGGGCAAAUUUAGUAGGGCCUGAACUGCAUUCGUAAUUGCAGAACUUGUGCCAUUAGCAAUCAGGGUGGUGGCACAUCCAACAAAAUAAUUAUUAAAGGCAUUUGCCACAUCUUGGGUUUGUAGGGUUUGGUUGUCCACUUUGACAGUAGAGGGUUGGAAGUGGAUUGGCUGAGUUUACUUGUGAUUUUCCAAAUGUUUCCUGGGUUUGAUAUGUUAUUGUUUUGCCAUUGUCUGUAGGCACAGUAAUCAUUCAUGGAGCCAGUAUGCUUGAACACAUUUGUAUUCCUAACGCUAUUUUGUUCCUUUAACCAACACUUAAAAAUUAGCAGCUUUUUUUUUUUUGCAGCUGUUUUUGUUCAUGAGCAGAACCACCUUCAAAGUCCUGUAGGAUCAGGAACACAACCGUUUAAAAACACAAUCUAGCCCCCCUACCUUGUCCCCCUUAAAUAUAGUAAAAUCUUACCUUUAUUCCAAUCUGCUCCUGGCUGACAACUUCAGAAGUGGUGUUCUGAUCCAAUCACAAUGCUUCCCCAUAGGAUUGGCUGAGACUGUCAAGGAGGCAGAUCAGGGGCAGAGCCAGCAUGAUUCAAACACAGCCCUGGCCAAUCUGCAUCUCUAUGCAGAGGGUGGAGACACUGAAUGUUAGUCACACAGUGCAGCACUGCCCCAGAAAGCACCUCUAGCAGCCAUCUGAGGAGUGGAGAUAUCCUAAUUUUAGGCUGUUAUUACUGGCGUACAUAUAGGGGUUGCAGCUGCAACUGGGGCUGUCACUCCAGGGGCCCUGGCUGCCCUGCAAACCCCUGCGACCGGGUACCAGCCGCCAUGUUUUGCGGCCCCGUCCUGGUCGCCGUUCACGGGGUCCAUUGGGUAGCCCAUGCUGUUAGGGCCACCCGAUGGAGAUGGAUUUUCAGGGGGCCCAGUCAGCGCUGGGUGCUUUAACAGCGCAACCGUGCCCCCUGUGAUGACAUCACUGCUGGGAGGAAGUGACUGCACGUCAUUCCUCCCAGCAUACACAGAGCCCGCACAGGAAGAAGGACAGGGAGUCAGAGUGGGAACUCUGACUCCCACAAGCCUGAGCCACCUCUGGACCCCAGGGAAUGUCACUCUCCUGCACCUAAAAGGCAGGAAACAGGAGGGUGACUAAAAUAUUUUGUAUAUGUGUGUGUUUGUUUGUAUGUAUGUAUGUAUGUAUGUGUGUCUGUCUGUGUGCCUGUCUUUUUGUAUGUAUGUAUGUAUGUAUGUCUUGUGUAUGUGUAUGUCUGUAAGUGUGUAUGUCUGUCUGCAUGUGUCUGUGUGUAUGUGUGUGUGUCUGUCGAAGGGAGAGGGGGGGAGGGGGCCAUUGAUCAGUUUCGCACCGGGGUCCCAUGAAUUGUGUGUACGUUACUGGCUAUAAUGUAAAACACUGCCUUUUCUCUCGAAAAAAACAGCAUUUACUGCAAAAAGUCUGAAGGGACUGGUUAUACACACAAGAGCAAAUACAAUAAGCUGUAGUUGUCCUGAUUACUAGAGUGUCUCUUUUAAAUACUACUACAGUAAUAUGAAGUAGUUACAUUAAAAAAAAAAUAAUGAUAUACAUGUACAUUACAUCUAAACUAUUAAAGAGUAUAUGGUUGUUGUUUUUUCUGUAUUAUAUUUUUAGUGAUCUUAUAAUAAUCUGUGUCAAACCUUGCCAGUGUGUGAAAUUGCCUAAAAUGUAUUGCAAUACAUCGCAGAGAACAACAGUGCCUUCUAGAGGUACAUCUCAUAAGCAAAAUGGUUAACAAUAAAUUCCUUGUGCUUUCUAUUUUGUGUCGUUAUCAUCCAGCUCAGUGGUGUUCAUUGUAUAGACCUCGGAAGGGUAUAGAUUGACAUGACAAUGCCAGGAAUAGUCUAGAGGUCUAAAUAGGUUCUAUAGUUGGUGCCGUAACAUCAAUACUAUUCCUCACUUUGUAUUAAAAAAUACAACGUACAGAACCCAGUUUUCUUGGUUUUCAUGGAAUGUGAAGAAAAUAAUAAUGUCUUAUUUCCUGGAUUAUUGUCAUUGGAUCUGGUUGCCAAACUUGACCAUGUGGCAGCUGACUAGAAAUUCAUAUACCGCCAUAAACCGCGGAGGUUUCUUUUGGAACAGGCUGGGUAAAGACACUCUGCUCACCAUAACCACUUUGGUUUCAACUGCUGUAAUGUUCAGGAAGCCUUUUAAGAUUUACAGGGGAACUGCCACUUCAUUGGAAGGGACUAUCCUUUGUUCCCUCCUUCCAGUAAAUGUUACGGAAACAUUUAUUGGGUUAAAUAGUGCAGCAGAGGUGUGUAAAGAAAAAAAAAAAAUACCUUUUUAGGCAUUUCCACAUUUUGUGUUAAAUAGGUUUUUAUUUCGUAUGCAAAACUUUAGCGGACAUGGAGCAGGUUUAAGAAACAAUCACGUUAAUGCCUUCGCAGAGGCAUAGUUUGUCUACCUAUAUUAGAACAUUUUGCAUAUUUCACAACAAUUCCAGCCUGGGUCAGACAUUUCCACAUUUUGGGUGUUCUCAUUCCCACUUGACCUCCUCAAUAAGGGUUUGUGAACUCAAACAUUCGUUUCAUAGUGCCAUUAUGGUAUAUGAGAACAUCUCAGAUCAGAAUAAGAGGUUCCUGGUGGGUAGUAGCCUCUCAGCUUUUCCCGUUUUAGUGGGGUAUACUGUAUUUUUAAUUUGUAAAAAAAUAUUUAUUUUAUCUAUAAUGUGUUAAUUAAAUGUGUGGGUUUUCCUUUAAUUGUGCAUUAGGCUAGAGUGGUUUCCCUUUAUUUGUGCAUUAGACUGAAGUAUCAAACUUUGCUACAGACGGCCAGCAGUACACAAAUUCCAAAAAUGUAUAUUACAAUCUGGCUCAGAUUUGUGAACCCAGAGAUAAAGUCAGUGUUAGCUAA